AUGGGAACAAGCAGUGUACUGGAGGGUGGCUCUCCAGACCGAGUGCCCUCCUGCUUUUCGAACUUCCGCAACAAAUUUUUAAGAAGCCCUUUUCGGUCCGCGGGAACACUCGGAAUUUCUCUCAUUUGUGAUCAAGGGACUCUUUCAGCACCUACAACAAGCAGUCUGGAAGGUGGCGGGCAGUUAGCGCCAUCGCGUUCCGUCGGCUCAACUAGGCGCCUUUCUUAUUCUUCUUCCUCUUCCUCUUCUUCUUCUCCUCAUUCCAAGUCUCUUGGUCUAGACACUAAACCCACAACAGGCAUUCUACGGAUUUCAACUGCAAAGAGAGCUUGUCAGGUCAGUUAAUCUGUUCAAGAUUCACCUCUCACCUAAGUCAAGGUCUGAUAACAUUAUACUGGCAUUGUUAACAUGGCCUACGUCUUGUAUCAGGUUUAAGCAUGUUUUCCUGACCAUGAAAGGUGGCAGAUAUUCAAGCUUACGGUUAAAGAAGUUUUAAUGGAGUAACGCGUCUUACAGAAGUUUCUAAGUAGAGGAGAGGACAAAAAUGAUUAUUCUCUCCUUAGCGAUUGACUUAUACUGAGCUCAAUGACCCCAGUUUUUUAGGCUUUAAACCUUAUAAAUGGCACCAAUAUAAAUAGCGUUAAGCCAAUGUGGACAAAUGUGGAUAAAUGCAGUAUUUUCUGGUGCCAUGAUUUGUUUCAUCAAUGUUCCUUCUGAUGCAAACAUUAAAAUGUUAAACGUAAAAGUGCAUUUUAAAGUUCUUAAUCACCUCAUGACCGUAGCAGUUGGCCAGACGAAGAGAUAGUGAGCGCAUAUUAAUAAGUGCACAGUUUCUCACUGAAUUCCUAUCAGUUCGCUGACAAUAGAAUCGCAGAUAUUUUACCAGAUAGAAACUAGCAUAGAGUACAGAUAAAAGACUACGCAGCGAGCAAAUGUGCGGUCAGGGCUACUGUUGCAUUACAAUUUUGAUGAAAACUUUGACUUAAGGCUGUUAAAGGUAAAAAAAUGUGAAAUAAUAUCGGCAAACUCAUCUAAAUACUACAUUUUAAAAAUCGUAGUAAUUAUCCUCGCCAAAAAUGCUAAAGUCUACGACCAAAUCGUAGCUUCAGGUUCCCAUUACAAUUGGCAGUUGACUUUAAACACAUAUCUGUUUCUAAAACGGUGCUCAAAAUCUUGAGAGUAAUUACUUUCAACGUGAGUUCAGCGCCGAAGUUGCGGCAUCCAGUAACUUUGUGCUGCAUUCCUUUGGCGGAUGUGGCAAAUUCUGUGUGCCGUUAAGUCAUUUUGACAAUCACACCUCUAGUGUUACGUGUUGGGAAACAAUUAUAGGCAUUUUAAAAUGCGUAAAAGUAAAAGCAUUGGAAGCCCUGAAACCUUGGCUAUAAACACAUACAAGCUCACUAAGAAGAAAAAUCUAUUUAGUGAGUUUAAAAUCCGCAUUAAAAUGAAUCAAUAUUCCCAGGCAAUUCCUACAUGAGAUAGUCCAACCUUUAACUGAGGAUUUCCCCGACAACUAUCAACCGAGACCGAAGAGGGUCACUAAGAUAGUGGACACGUUAUCCAUUGACUUUGGUUUCCGAAUAAAGAGAACUCAUACAACAUCAAGUUUUCAUGUGUAUUUUGCAAAGUUUCGCAUCUCAACAUCCGACAUACGGCAGAACACAAUACUAUUUCAUCAGGGGUUUACUGGUUCAUAUAUCUUUCGAGUCCAGAUCUGAACUGCGAUGUAGGCAUUUUCUUUGGAAAAAGCUAUCCUAUUCGCAUACAUUUGCAAUUAAGCCUCCUAAAGCUAAUGGACUAUUCGAAUAAGUAUAGGCUCUAUCGCGUAUUUCGUGGGCUGUAUUAGUAAAUCUGUGAUACUAGAAUGGGAUAUUAUUGGUGUAAAAUAUCGAAUAUUUCUACAAAUUCGACCUUUUCACCAAACAAAAUACUCCCUUCUUUUAAACGAAAUAUUUGAAGAAAGUCAUUUUUAAAAAUGGAAUGUAAUAAAAAUACCGAAGGAGGGGAAUAUAAAUGAAUUUUUGCAUUUUUCAAAUGUAAACGAAAUGUAUCCACAAGACGAGUGGGUGGAAGGCAGCAUGCUGUUUUGCGUGGAUUGAAUUUUGACUCUCUUUCACGUCAAUUCGUAUCAGCAAGUCUUCUAACCGAUCUUACCUGACUUAAAGCAUAUUAGGGAUUUCGACCGGCGCACCAUGAGUUACUUCACAUGAUGAUUCCUGUAAAAAGUUGGUUUUUUGGGAGAUCCAUUGGCGACUUGCAUUUUCUCACCAAAUGGUGAUUGGGAUGUCACCUUUGCAUAAACAUCUAAGGAAAGAUAAGAAAUCCUUGCAUGACAGGUUCGUUCGUUGCCCUAGUUCUUGGCCAAACGGCAUGUUCACUAAUGUCAGAUAGGAAAACGGCCUUCAGUGAAGACCAGUCGCGGAGUGAUUUGACGUUCAUGUCCGGGUAGUAAACAAUUGCAGAGCAACAACAAAAGUGUUGGAUCAUUGCAUACUGACUGCUCCCUAGAAUGUGACAAAGCCCGACGACGCAACUGUGACGAAGUGACCCUGACGUGCUAAUAAGUGUUUGCCCUUGUCGCCACUCCCUCUUGUGGUUGCGCUCUAUCAGACCUAAAAACCAGAGGAUACCAAAGAAUCUGAGAACAACGAACUAAUCGGCCUUUAUGGGCAUGACUCUCAAUGGGACGACAGUGAGGGGCUGUUUAGCUUUGCUGACGAGAACUGGCUGCCUGUUCCUAGCAUCUGCCUUCAGAAUUACCCCCAAAAUGCGUUUAUCUAGUACUGAAUUGAUGAUCUCGCGAUCAGCCAGAUCAAACACUUUCUAGUCAGCUCUAACUUUCGCCACGGGGCAUGAUGGUUGGCCGACGGGUGCUGCUGAAGUCAGCUAUGACUUCGAGUCACGUCCACGCGCGCCUGAAUGCUCAUCUCGUAUUCGCCUCCAAAGUGCCUUGAUGUCGUUAAGAUACGACCGUCUAACGAGGCCGAGGCCCUGGGGACAAAAUUCUAGUCUCGCUUUACAGUUCAGAUCGAAAUAGAAAGCAUCAGCACAUGAAGAAUAUUAAGUCCUCAGUUCACCGGAUAGCUGAGUGGCAUUUCAGCAUCAGAUUGGUGCAAAACCCCCAUCAGUUGUCUGUGUAGACGGUCUGAGCUAGAUCUUACAACGGUUACUACUUUAUGUAAUUUAUACAGGUUUGUCAAUUAGCGAAGACCACAAGAAUUAUUGCGAGUAAUGACUACCAAUAUAAAAAAUGGAUUGUUUAAUAUAUCGGAAGGGGGACCGUGUUGCUACAGGUGUAGGGGCGGCGCCAUGAGCAUAUGUUGUUUUCAAGAUUUUCGUGAGUCUUCGCAUGUACAUAUGGACCCGUCCGAAACCAUGGAACCGCCUAUACCGGGCAUACGUCCAGCUAAAUUACCGAAUGGUUAGGGAUGAUGAGGUUUGUGCGUGGAAAACGAAAAAAUAGACGUCUUUCCCAAAAAUUAUCUCGAAGGAGAUCGCCAACACUCUUACGACAACAAGGAGAUGAUAUUUGGGGCAAUUCAUGGUAGUUAACAGGUUCAUCGUCGUCCACCCCAAGAGUACAGUGCAGCCGUUGUAAAUAUGGCCUCUAGACCUAGAUAACGGAGCUAAAACGGAGUCGAGGUAAGAAAUGUUUACCCGGCAAUGGAGGUGUUUCUCCCUCGGUAGUCGUCUUCGUAUUUGGCAAUGGCAGUGCUUCGAGCUAUCCAUGUUUGACGCCGCUCUUCACUGUCCGUGAAGAAACGUUAUACUCUGCACCGCCGAGGUUGUUUAGGUAAGUCAUUAUCAAAGCGGCAUGGAGUACAGGUUAGUGGGAUUGUGAUUUAAUUAUACUCAUAAAUUUAGGUCAAAUGUUGUAAUUCAUCGUACUUAGUGCGGUUGAUCUAAAUGCAGAACAUGAAACGGAUAGAGCAAUUCCCUAGACUUCAGUUUACGACUGAAAACUAGGACUCGAAUGAUACGAUAUAUUCCUACUCACACUAUGUAGGGUAGGUAAUCCCGGACAUUAACUUCAGUAAAAAGAAGACAAUAGCGUGAUUCGCUUUCAAUCGUAGCUAUACCUGCCGAAGUGAAAUAAAUUUAAACAAUACAUAGUAAGAGUAGUCAUAUUGUAAUACUCGUUGUGCGAGGGUUACGUCCCCCGAUAAUUGCAUUUCCAACAUUUUACCGAAAUAUAUGGACUGACAUAAAUGCGAAGAAUUCGGCGAAAUUAAUAAGAACUGUUAUCGAAUCGUUCCUACUCUUAGUCUUUUCAAAUAUGUGCAGCCAUCUUCACAAUUUUUGUAUAAUCAUUGGGCGACAUUCGCGGGGCAUUUGGACAUUUUAAAUGACUUAUAACCAAAUUAACCACCGCCUGUUUUUGCGACGCAAAAAGUUGAUUAGAAAUCUUAAAGAACAUUAACUGAAAAACUUACGAUUCGUUUUUUUGUGGAACUGUCUAUGGUUGGCUUCCUCCCUCAAAACGAAGGAGUAACUAUGUCCGAUCCAGCAGUACUCCAACUACAGGGAAUGCCUUUGUAGUAAUAAUUACUCAAAAUAUAACCAAAAACCUGUGCGUACUGCAAUAGAUUGACGACAUAACUAGAGCUUAUUUCGCAAAGUUGCAUUAUUUUUCUCUGUUCCAAAGGGCUGCCGCACAGAAGUAGAUGCCCGGGUUCCUCAACACAAAUCAGGUAGGCUAGAAAGAAACUUCAUCAGGUUUCGAGAUUCCGGAGCAAGCAAUCGUUUUUAGGGCUGUUCACUUUCCACCCAAUUGGUACCAUGUUCUGGCCACUGCCCCUAAGACAGCCUGUUUGGCCUAGAAACCCAGCGAUAUUCGAAAAUUAGAUUAUGUUGGCGGAAUGAAACUGAAACCCGGUGAUACUUUCGACCAUAUGGUGCCGACAUUUCUUGCAAAUAAGAAAUCAUGCAACAAGGACAUAUUUGGACUUCUGAAAUUGCAGCUUAGGGAGUUUUUCAUGAAUGGAGUCUGCCGUGCUCUGCAAACCUUUUAAUGUGGUGUGCCAGCAGGCAUACUCCUUAGUGAAGCCUUAAAAAAGACUUGAUGGAUAAAAAAUCAAAUGCGAGAAUUGGUUUUCUGUCAUGCGCCUCCAGACAGACAAACCGACCUUAAGAAAGCCCCAAGAAAUGGCAGGCAGAGUAGAUUAUAAUUAAGUAGUCACUUAUUUCCGGUUUGGAUGAUCUGAUCUCUGUUGUGUGUUUGUGCGCGUAAUUGAGUGUUAAUCGAUGCCUAGGGUUUCGAUACCUACAUACUUCACUGGGCUCAGGAAAAGUCGUACCAAGGAAUGAUCAUAUUUAAGACAAAAUCCUUGAUGACUGCCGAGUUUUCAGUCGUCACAUUAUUUUGUUCCCAGCUGUUUGUUAUUCCGACAUGUCUUUUAAAAGAAUCGUAAAUGAUUUUAACUGAUUAUGAUGUGCUUCCUUAAAUGGCAUCUUUGUAAAAUGGACCGUUUAAAAAGUGUGUUACGAAGCUAAGCAGGAACGCAGGGCUCCCAUUUCAUCAAACAGUCAAACUAUGCUAUCCUCCAGUGAGUCUCGCUCUGACGCUUGGCAGCAUGCGUGAAUUAAAGAGUUUUUAAUCUAGACAACGUCCUAAUUUACAGCAUAAAUUUCUGCAAUGGGAAUUGUCCGUCUGAUUAUGCCCUUAGCCAAAGUAUGAGAGAGGGAAUAACAACCCUCGUGUUAGAAAAGUGCACGCUCCAUCAUACUUCAUACCUUGACGUACUCGGUGGUUACGUGAAAUAAAAAUGUCCAUUUUAAAGGAAGAACAAUGAGACCUGCUCAUUAAAAUGAAUAAUCUCGCCUCAAAAUCAAGUCGGAAAAAGAAAACGCAACGGCACCUCCAGGGAGUCGGUGUCUUUUGAAAAAAGGUGGGAAAGGAAAUCAACAAACUGACGGCGUAUACUGUAGCUUAGAAGUCAUUGACUAAUAUCUUUCAGGACGAUUUUGCGAGGAAAAGGUAAUAAAAUAAAUUUUUGAAACUGGUUAGCAAGGAUGUAAGUUCCAGGCCAAUUCUUCACAGUAACAUGCUGCUUUUCAACCGAGCAAAUUCUGUAAUUUCUAUGUUUAACAAAUCCGUCCCUGGUGAAAGGAAGCUUUCACCCGUUUCACGACGUCCGCAAAAUUCGAAUAAUGGUUUGUGCAAAGAAGGCGCAAAAGUUUUUUAUUCUACGUUUGCAGGAUGCUGCAAUCCCUGCGGACUUGGUAAUAGGAAGAUUGCAUUAUUUCCGUUCUUGCAGUGUUUGCGGUUAAUGGAAGUUUCUAGAUGAUCGCAAGAUUAUUCAUGUAACCUAUUAUUCUCAAGUGUAUUUCUGCUGCCGUCGUUUUGGAAGAUUAUGCAAUUUCGCCUCAGCUGAGAUGUGCAGCAUGCAUUUUUAAAGUCCCGAUAAGGCUUAAAAACAUGCUUGCAAUAUCUAGUAAACAGUUUGAAAAUUAAGGUUCAUCUUCCUUCGGACGAGGUGUUGGACAAAAAUAUACUUAACUAAAAGUAUGCAUGGUAAAGUAAUUUGUUCGUUCCUACUUUCUGUCAAAUGUGGCGUUGUCUGUACUGGCAUAAACGGUCCUCGAAAAUUCUGUGUACUACCUUUAUUCAUACGUUUUUAGAGUGAAAUUUAUACAUGCGACAGCAGAAUCGUAUAAUUUGGAUUUACAUAUUGCAGUUUAGGGAUUCACUUUUAGUUCCUGUCUUCCGUAAGAAAUUCUGCAAUUUCACCUGAGUAAUCCCUUCCAUUUGAAAAUGCGUAAAAGAGUUUUCGUACACUUUUCACGAGUUUUAGUGCAUACUGUAUUUAUGCAAAUUCCUUCGGGCAGUCAACAGCCUGUUGUAAUUGAAUGCAACCGCGCGGUGCAGCAUACGAUAGGAAAGAUUAAAUGUACUGAUUCCAUACAGCUCACCUUCUAUACCUCUCGACAAACCAAUGUAGGCAGCUAUGUUGAGGUUUAACAGCGAAAUACAAGGUGCUGACCGAAAAGAAAGUCAUACUUUUGAUACUCCUAUGAAGGGAUGAUUGUAACACCCACAAAUGCCUAUGUCACCUCCUAGCGAUUAGGUAAUCCUUCUGAAGUAGGGCUAUAACAGGAAGAGUUCUUGUCCUUGAUGUUAAUCUGAUUGGUUCCGGUAACUCCCACAGUUCCUCAAAGUAUUUGUGUACAUUGAUAACUAAUUGCCGAAGAAGAUCAGCAACAAAGAGAGCACCAGGUAGGCGAACAUCGAUUCAUUGUAUUUCAUCCUUUUAUCUGGAGAAAAUAUAGAGUUUUAAGGACAUUUCGCCGAGUUUUGAGUUUUCGACUUUGGCAGCCAUUUAGAACGAGUCUCAACGGGAGUAGAUAAAGAACCGUCGAGUAAUAAAAGCAAAAAUAGUGCUAAGGGAAAUAUUAAGAAUCUUUUGAAUAGCUUAAAUGUUUAUAAUUUGUACAGGUCAAACCCAUUCUUACUACAACAGCUAUGAAAUAAGUAAUCCCAUAGCUAAUACGCAUAUAUCGUAAAACGUAAUCAAGCCCACAACUUCACACUUUUCCUAAAGAGCCUGUUGUCCAACUCUGUGGCUUUCUUAUUUCCAUAGUUUGUCUUAAUUUAAAUCAUGUAGCGUUAUUAAACCUCGAAUCGUUCGGAGUUGUUGUAGGAAGGAAAAGGCACCGGAAACUGCUGAUGAAGUUACGACAAUUUUCAGAUAAUAGAAUCUUGGUGUUUUACCCUAAAAGUUCUCUCACUCUAAUGAACUUGGUUGUUUUUAGCCCAUGCGAACCCCGAAAUCAAGUCGCUCAAAGCACACCACGACUGCCAUUCCGGAUCCAGUCUUCACGCUAUUUGCCUUUCUUGCACGUCAGGGUGUUCAUGUGACCGAUCUCUUUCGCCGUCCCGGCAACAUCACCCAGAUGAAGGUAUCUUUUAGCCCUGCUCAAGAACAGGGUAUCUUGAUUUUUUGUUAAUUGCUGGCUGUUGUUUUUAUUCACGUAUUUUGGAAGCUUUUAGGGAUUGAUCAAACAAAAUUAGUUUCAUGCUAAUUCUGUCUUUUGCUUGUAAAAGCGUUCGUAACAACUUCUGCAGAGGGUAUAAGGCUCUAUCAAAAAUCGCGUAAAAAUAACGUUCCUGAUUUAUCCUGGUUGCAGGAGAGAGUAAGAGCUAUUUCUUUUUGCCUUGAAGCUCUGCCCUAGAAACUUCAUAGCUCGUCCACGACAGCAUGCAAUCACUGUAUGUCAUAGAGAAAAGGGAGCGUGGCAGGGUCACUUCUGGCUUAUUUUCCUCAUUAUUCAGUCAUACGUUAGUCCCGAGCAUGAAUGCCCCGUGAGUUAGUACCGAAUUAGUUGUUUAUUGAGCACUGAUUUACUAUUUGCUACAGCCUGCGAGGGCGUUGGAAUCCCUCAGUCAGGGAGAACAAGCACGUUAUUUCCUUCAAUCAGACCGGAAAGGCUUCACCUCCACGUGCUUUUGAAUAUUUUCGACCGCAUUGGACAAGAUGAACGUUGUCGACUUAGAAUACUUGAGAAGUCUGCCAAAACAUCUACGAAUUACGUAAGCCUAGUAGUCAUCUGGUGGAUUCUAGGGGAAUUACUUAGGAAAUCCUGCCUGGGCAGUCAACUUACUGUAACAGAUUUGGUGGAUUCCAGACGUUGCAGAAGGUUGGGCGGGUAACUUGAUCCAAAUGUGAUUAUACUCGCGUCAUCCGACGGGGCCUCGUAGCUCAAGUGGUUAGAGCGUUGGCUGUACCAAAGCCUUCCCCUUGCUGCGUGGGUUCGAAUCCCACCCAGUCGCCGAGUUUUUCACAAUUGGGUCAAUGUGAAUUAUUCAAAAUCUGCCAAAACAUCUAUGAAGAUGAACAUUGUCGACUUAGAAUAAUUUAGACGUCUUGUUUAGGCCUCAAACUGGAAGAUGAUGACUCAGUCCCAAAAUAUGUCAUUCAAAAUUGGAUAAAUGUCGUGCCAAUACUGCUCAUAACGGCAACAUGCUAGCGUUUGAAAAACGUGUCUAAACAUAUACUUUUCUACUAAUUUUCUGUGGUUUAACUAAUUUGGGCCCACUUUUAAAAUUGGUACAGAAACACUACUUUCAUUAGUUUGUUUUGUGAGAAAUAUGGUUUCUCUAGAGUUAUACUUGAACUAAGGGCGCCUUUCAGAGUUGAAAAAUUAACUAGUUACUGUAUACAUUUAUGUAGACACAGCCAGUAUCUUCCUAUAUUUUCUAGGUUUCCGAAUUACACGCCACAUUUUUUAUCUAAAGCGAAUUGACUAGCAUGCUUUGGUCUGUGUGCAAAGGUCUUCGGAGGCUUAGAAAUUAGGCUGCAAGUAGAGACCAUGUACGUCUCAUAAGCCGCAUCUCAUGUCCAACAUUUAGCAUCAUACGAUGCCUGCAGAACCAUUAGAAGGUAUACAAAUUUCAUCGGGGAGCUACUGCAUUGGUUCAGACAUGGCAAGUAGACAAAAUUUGUGCUGUCUAAAUAGUCAUUUUCCCGUGUUACAUACGCAAGUGACUGGAACCAUACUCAAGUAAAAGCGGCAUACUGCUGCGUGUGAUACAUGCUGAUCAUUAUUUAACUCCUACCUAGACAGUGCCUUUUGUUUGAAAGCAUAUUUACGUAGCAUGCAUUUUGAGCCCCGCACAGAUGAAAGAGGAAGGUCGGUGCAUAUACGCCUCUCGCACUCUACACUCUUUUGGGUUUCAGAUUAUUCACCUUCCCAUUCUGACCAUACUGGCCUGAACAGCUGCAUGCGUGUUUGCGUCAGAUGUUUUCAGGGCAAAGGCAGAUUACCCACCUACAGAAUGUCUUACAGCCGUGCGAGAUUAUACCCCUGGUCAUUCGGUGCGUGUGCACGCUACAGAUUUGUAGUCAGCAUCUUUACACGAGCAUUCACUAACUGUCAUGCUAGUGCGUGACCGUGUGGGACAGAACCUCCCAGCCCUGGGAGUUUGAAAGUCAGGUAGGCGUAUAAAGGGAUUAUGAUAGCGUGGUUUUACUUCGGAGAUACAGCCAUCUCAUCAUUUACAGUUUAGGGAUUCGCCAAUCUUUUUGGUUUUUUAGCAAAUAGCUAAUUAACUGUUGAAUAAAGCAAACCUUAGAUAGUGUAGCGGACAAAAACAGGGGACAACGUGAAGACCAUUUGUUACUUACUUGCCAGCAUCCGUCAGCCUUACCUCGCUUGAGUCCAGCCGCUUUACAAAUCACAAACUGGGAAAAUAACUGAUUGAUUAACAGCAUUUGCUUAUUCACUUUUGAUGCCUGUAUUAAUCCGACCCUUCUAUCCAGAAAGGAUGCAGAAAUAUCCUAGGAAUACACGGGUUAUGUUUAAAAUAUGCAAAAUUGGUUAUUUUGCAACACUAGGGGAUGUUUUUUUAAAAACAAAAGUUGAGGAAUACAUAUUAUACAAACUAGUACAGGGAACCAGUUACCUGUUCAUACUGGACAGGAGAAGACUGAACGCACAAUACUGGAAAUAAUAUCGAGAGAGUAUAUACUACUUGUUUCAUUAUUUUUGCGAGUGGGGCGCACUCAGGCGGCCAGAAAUAUUUCACAGCCACAAGUCAGUCUGCUAUCAUCUGGGAAUUAACUGGCAGUUAUUUCCCGUGCUAGUCAGUCUCAAAACAUCAUUACUUAUUUUUUACUUGCAAAUAUAACCUUUAAGUGGAUUGCAGCGUGCCGAUUUUUCUGGCCAGAUUUUCUUCCUCCGCGGCCUCAAGGUAACGUCUUUCAGGCCAUCUGCGGACAGGUGACCUUUUAGCCUUUCCCUUCUCCGCCUGUCUAACAAGGCAUGACGAGGAAGUUAGUGGAUACGAGAAGGCAGAUAUUUCCUUAAUCUUUACUGUUGGGAAUAACUCUGGCUUAAAACUCAGGUAGACAUUUCGGGGGCUGAUGCCUACCCGAAGCGUGAACAUCUUUCGUCUAAACGCUCUGUCUGCUUGGUGUUUUGGCUGGCGAUGUCCAUGAACUUCGCGCCAGAAACGUGUUAUAUAGUGUCUGCCAUUAGCCGAAAAUUUUGAUCAUCACGAUCCCGAUAGCGGGUAUCGGUUGCGUAACGUCGAUUGUCUUACAUUCAGCGAACGUUUCGCUAUUCGCUAACAUUUGAUGUUCAGAAAACUGGCCCGAUCUGCGCUAACUCAUGCUAGGGUAUUCAUUACUGCGAUAGCGUUUGAUGACAGUGGGACAUUCAAGAAAGGCUUUCCUUGGUGCCUCAGGAACGCAAAGCAGUUAAAAUAAUCAGAUACCAUGGGUCUGUACAAACCUGUUAUUAUUUUGAAAUGUUGUAUCUGGUCUAGAACUAGGAAGAAAGCUGAGCUCAAAUGACGAAUUUCAUGCCGUGACUUUCAUUAUUUGGCUACAGUAUUGUUGAUUUCACUUUUUUCCAUUGACAGAUGAAGUCGCUUAUAGAAAAACGCGAUCGUCAUUUUCAAUACAUACCAAAGUUUUGAUAAUGUAAUCAUACUAAAAUCUUUGUCUACUUCUUCACACACGAGUCACAAACUGCCUGUGUAAUGAUGAAACUGAAGUGAUUUUCAUCCUAGAAGUUUUCUGACUUCUAGAUUGGUUCUGCUGCAAACUGCACUCCUGUGCUCAAGAGAGCCCAUAUAUUAUUUGAACAUAUUCUGUUUCGGAUCCUAACUUUGUUCCCUGCGGUACGUACCUUUCCAGUAUAUGUCGUUAAUAAGUGUCGUAAAUUUCCACAAUGAUGGGAGACAUUGCGCCCUGAAAGGUCGCCGUUGAUAUUGAAUUUUAUAUAUUAAUAUUCAAACCGGGUCUUAUCAUCCGCAAGUUUGGAUUACACCAUUUGAUAGCUGUAUUCAUAUAGUUUGAGUCGUCCGUCGAAAGUGACUCCGUAAGCCUCUGUAGGUUUACACAACCAUAAAAAACGAUAUUUAAAGUGAGACUGAAGAAAGAGAGCAAUACCGGGUACCGGCUGGUCGGUUUUAUGGAGAACACAUGGAUUACUGUGAUAAAAGUGGUCAUCUUCCAUUAUACGUCUUUCAAGCACCGUCAGUUGUACUGUUCAUGAUUUAAUGUGCUUUUGGUAACGAACUACUUAACUCUCUGGAAUUGCUUUACGUAGGAAAACGUUCAUCCGGAUUCUUCCCUGAAACUAGGGAAUUUAGACAAAACUUUUGUUUUUUUCAAAAAAGUUUCCAGUGUUCCUCGUCAUACAGGGUCAUUUGCGUAUAUUUUUUGCGCUGGAUAGAAGCAGUUGGUGUGCAUAUAGUGCAACACCAGACUUCAUUAAGAUUUAUGAACUUAAAUAAGAUGAUAUUUCCUCUUAAGGGAGCUCAAAACCAAAAAAAUGUCGCGUUCAUUCGGAAAUUGGGAAGUCCUCGUAUGCCAGUAUUGUCGCAUGUUAUAUGACAGAAGCUUGCUAAACGUUAAUUGAAGUUCGUAAGUUCUGAUUUGUAUGCCGUGGGAGCCUUAUUUACGCUGGAUAUCUUUUCAGGAAACCUUCAAUGUCUCACUCGUUUAUAUACUUUGCAAUCUUUUUCAAAAGUUUACAUGAAACCAAACUUCGGUUUUAUUAAUACUGACAACGGCUAAUGCAUAAAGCCAUACAGUAGGCCGGACAGGUAACUUUCCGCAACCGUGAUCAAACUCACUACUCCCGGCCAGGGCUUCUUAUCACAAUUGGUUAGGGCGUUAAUUAUUGCCCUCGCAGGCUGGUAUACGCUGGCAAUUCUCUGGUACCUGAUUCCCUGUCGGUGAAUGCGCCUGCACUCCCGAUAGGUGCACAAGCUGUGUGCAUGGUUGCCCAGUGACUCGUACCUCCUUCCUCUUUCUGACCCACUUUUGUGGUUGGUUAAAAUCCUGGUCAAAUCUUUGUUAUAGGCCUGGGGGUGUGGCGGUACGCCUAGGUGCGGCUCCGGCCGUGACAGGCACCUGCGCACCCUCUCGCCCCCAGUCUUCUUGACUAUGUCUUGACACCGGGCCCAGAUGCAGGGGAGGAGAGCGUGCGAUAGACUUGCGCUCAAGUCACCGUACCUGCUCUUAUCUUGUUGUGCAGCACGCGGCGGACAUCGUAGACAGCGAAGGUCGAACUUCCGUGUGGUUAGAGCGUUGGCCGUACACAAGCUCGGUUUACUGUCGAUCUAAAUGCUUUCGGUUUUACGUUAUUGUAAAAAAGAUCCGCCUUCUUAUACAUUCCUAAAGUCCCGAGAUUUUUGAAAAGGAAUUUUAUGUGAAAGUAUUUUAUUCGUUCAUGUUUUUCCCUAGCCUUUGAGUUUUUUUCGCGCGUGUGAGAUAACAUAUGCGCCUUGUGAGGGGUCUGAAGAAACCCAUGGUCUUUAUUUAUACGCCGGUAGUCAACUUAAUUAUCUGAAGUGAAACAGGUCUAAAGCCGGAUUAUUCCGUCUUUAUUAAAAUUCUUAUCGAGGAAGAUGGUUUGGCGAUUAACUGCUCAAAUAAGUCUGUAUUUUUUCAAUAAAUCGCUUACUUUUAAUAAACAUAAAACGAUGCGCGGCUGCAUAAUACUCACAAAGCAGCGUUUCCUCAGUGAGUUCUUUUGAAUGCCAGCAGACUGUGGUUUACUUGUGAAGAUGCGGUGGCCACCCACACCUUCUAAUAAGCACUUUUUGAAAUAAGAUUGAGACCACCUAUAAUUUGUGCAUCACGGCCCUGAGUGCGUAAGUUGAAGUGUCCGUCCCGUCUUUUCUCAAAACUUCAAUUUAUAGCUAUCACAGACAGUCGCUUAGCCACAAGCAAUCAAUGAUGCGGAAGGUUUGCUUGCAAAGACGAGAGAGAUUCGAAUGCACUGAUGCAUUAUUAUUUCCACUUAGGUUCGAAUAUUCAUAAUUGUGACCGGCAGAGUGUAAUCACGAGGUCCAGACGUUUGAGCCUUUGGCUUAAAUACACAAUGGAAAACUGAUUCUGGAACAUAAUCCCGGGUUUUACCGGUCUGAGGAUAGGCUGUUGUUAAAUAAGGACAACGACUGAUUUAUUGAUGGCCAUUGCAGUCUUGCUCCUUUUCAAUAUUCUCAAUGUUUAGGUGCCUUAAUGAAUCUAGGGGAGUAACAGCACAGUCCAGACAUAAAGCAUUGCGCAUUUAGUUUUCCGAGUUUCCUCGGCAUCUCACUGGCACUCAGGAUCGGUUGUGCAUUGCAUCUUUUACCAUCAGUGUAUUCUCAAACCCCACUUUAUAACACGACUCGAGGAAGCAAGUCGAUAAGAAGAAGCGAACAUUGCCGUAUUUUGAUUUUUAAGAUUGAGCAACAUACUCCUUCAUAUUUGCAACCGCGUACGAUGCCUCUUUGGAAAUUUAUUGGCGCCGUUGUACAAUUACGCACAGAUUUAAAAGGUGUGUAUGUUGCGAACAAUAGUUGUAUAGCAAUCCUGACGAUGUUGGCUUAAGCGUAAUCGGAAGGCGUAGGGACCUAUUGCUUGCCCUGACUAACAAAGAUCUCUGUACUUUUCCUUAAUUUUUUAAAGACCUUGAUAAAGUUUUCGAAGGAGAACCGCCUUCCCAUUUAUCGAUGUUGUUUUUCAUCGAAGUUAAAUUUUGACUUCCAAGGCGGAUUAGACUGGAGGACAAAACUUAAUUAUAAAGGAGUUGUGGCUGAUUUGGAUCAUUCUUUUGAUCCAGUUGUAUGUAACUUGGCGGCCUCGGGCGGCAACGGAAAGCUUUAGUACAGCGCUGGCUGUUAGGUUGGCGUAGUAGCUUUUAAGGAAAUAAAGGCCGAAAGUGGCAGGCUUUAAGCCUAACAAGGAGAGAGUUGGACGACUUCAGUAGGUGCAAUUAAUCCAGACAGACUCUAGAUGCCAGCUAAAAGAUAUACAAUGCAAAAGCAUACCAGGUCAUCAAAAUGGCUGACACGCAAUGUGUUAAAUGCUCAUCAAAGCCUCCCCAUGAGAAGUAAACUCCCCAUCAGCAUUGUAACUUAGACUCAUUAGCGAUACGAGGACAUCCUUGUCGUUGUCCGUUCUUAAAGUGGUGCAGCUCAUACACUUGAGGAAGAAGAAGAAGACUACGGCUAAUCAUUCUACGAUUAAUAUUAUGUGUUAACGGAUACCCUCCUUAGUAAGUUAUUUGAUAUGGUUUUCACUUGAUAACCAGCAACUAAUAAAUAUAAAUAAAGCCUGGCUUAUCGGCCGUGAAACAGGUAAUGUUGAACUACUAACCUACUACUAUUUUUUGCAAGCUACUGAAUUGCUUUGGUAGUUUUUGCUCCAGCUGCUGGACUUUCUGUUCUUUCCAUUUGUCUAAAUUAGAUAGCCUUUACCUGUUUUCCUCGGCACCAUCAACCCUCAUAACACAGGGUACUUUAAAAACGCAAGAGAUUAGAAAUUUCAGCAGUAACUGUGGGAUAGAUGACUAAUAGGAGAAACGUCGCUGCAUUUUCACGGCCAAAAUCAAUGCUGUCUAGUGCCUCGACGAAAGCAUUACCCCACCUAUCGUAGUUGAAUUUGAACUCUUAUUGGCUAAAAGGUUUAAUGCAGAAGUUUACGAUUGCACAGAAAAAACCGAAAAGCCUUAGACUGCAUGUACAAUCACAUGAGGGUGGACUGUGGUGUAUACGAGAGGCAUCUUGAAAGUUUAAAAGCGAAUCAUUAUUUUCAGAAGCGGAAAAAAUUUGUAGUCAGUUAGCGUCCUCUGUCUUUUGCACAUAAACAUCUCUGCCGGUAAUCAGUCUCUGAUGAAGGCAAUCUUUGCGUUGGGUAACGAAAUUACGAGGGAAAAUCAGUUUUGCAGUGAAAUAUUUUGGGAUUUUGGAGUGACCAGCACGCCCGCUCAUAUUUAUUCCUUACAGGAGUAUUUGGGUUGAACGAAAAUCGUAAAAAAGACUGAUAGAAGGGAACAGUCACAAGUUAUUGAGGGCGAUUUAAUUCAAAAAGUUGUGAAACUCCUAAACAUGCAAAAUAUGUAGAACAAGCUCUCAGAAAGUGAAGUUCCAUUCAAUUUUCUACGAGUAAUUGACCUCUUAAAUUACUGGAUGACUGUUUUUCAUGCUAUUUUACUUAGCUUUUCCAGGUCUUCACUUUAGUGGAGUAUGCUUCUUUCAAAGCGCACACAACAGUAUUCCUUUCCGUUCUUAACUAACUUGAUGAUUUUCCUUUAAGGCUGAAAUUUUUUAAACACUGCACACGUCCUCAUGCUCAUGUCUACCAUUGCUGCUGCUACGAGUCGGCGACCAUUUUCAGCAUCACCCAACUACCGCUGUCAAAGUUGAUUCAGUGCCCUAUAUACUUAUCCAUACUUUCCCUGAAGGCAUAACCUUUUGCAUGCAAUCAUUUUUUAGUGGAGAUUUACAAAUAAAUAACUCGACUUGCAGUUGUAAAUGACGAAUUACGGAUAGUUUUGUCGCCUGUAGUAUUUUCCUAUGGAAGCAGGCACCAAAGUUGUACGAUAUGAUGCACACAGUAAAUAAUGUAAUUGAGGCCCGAGAGAGUGUACGACUUCCGCCUGGUCUCUUUUAACUUUUAUUAAAAGUUGUCGUCAAGUUUUCGGUGUCGACUAAGAGAAGAAAAGGUGUACAAUCCGAAAAUUUGACCUACUAUCUGACUCUAAAGACGGCAAAAGCUAUGAUCAUUCCCUGUUGUCAGUGCCAUAAAAUCUUUUAGGACAAGGUGGACGCAUUUCCUCACAUUGCUGUUCUAAGUAGUUCGAAUUCUUUCUAACGUAUGAGGUGGCGGUUACGGCAGACCACGAAAUGUCGUUAUUAUCGUUUAAAAAGUUGUUCAAUUUGAAUAUUUUUUUGUUCUUAUCCUUAAGUUCAUAUUUUUGACGACUUGUUAAUAUCCAUUAAGCGCAUGGGCAAAAGACGUUCCCUGACGCAGUCAGUAACAGUUCUUGUAGAGUUUUCUUCACUUAUCCGGAGAAUACAGUUGUUGCAACCAUGAAGAAUUUGGCACUUUUUAACCACCAUUUUAUCCUAAAAUGUAUUUGGCCAACCCACAACACUAUUUUGCGUCCCUCAAGCCUCCAGGCGAACAGGCUGCUCUCAGCCGCCUCGACACGCUAUUGGAACAAGGAGUCCGUGGAUCAAUGAUAAGGGCGUUGGGGUUCUAACCAACGGAACGCGUGUUCAAGCUUCAGGAAUGGCAAAACCUGGCGUUGUGUAUGACUGACUGAGGUCGAAUAAUAAGCCAGAAAUGUCUUUCAGUCUUUUCUGUCUUUAUCGGUAAUGUGAACCAAUAAUCGAACUUCCUAAAUAUAUGUUGAAUUACAGUUUUAGUCAAGUUAGAAUGCAAUGCGUGAUAAGCGUGAAGACACCAUGACAUACUGGGUUUCGAGUAACAAUCAUGAAUAUGUACAGUAAAUAACCGAUCUCAUGAAAUGUUGGCCGCUAUUCUGAAAUCUUUUUUCGAUUAGGAAGCAUUACUAACUUGAGAUUGUAAUACUGAUUAUCUUGCGGCGUAAUCCUAUAAUGUUUCGGACUCGUCAGGAUGUUGGCCUUCGAAUACACUUCUUUUUGACCUCCUGUAAAAACUGCACUUGGUAAAAAUGACCACUAGGCAGCAUGCAUUUUUCGCUGAUUUUCGGUGGCCUUGUAAAUUUAAAUAUAUCUUGUAAAACAUGCCCAAAAUAUGCGUCCUUUUACUUACUUGGUACUAAAUCACGUAUAUUAUACACGGUAUACUGGGAGAAAUAGUACUUUUGGUUUUAAAAAAGUUUCUAAUUAGGGGAUGUUUUAAGACCGUGAAAUGUCCAUUCAUACAGCUUCGUGUCCGUCCGUUUAUAAAUGCUCCCGAGUAAGUAUACAACGUAAUCCACAUCCACUGCAAAAUUUUAUGAACUCUACACGAUAUCUUCUGAAGGACAUAUAAGAAUAUGCGACUUUUUUUCGCGGAGAGCAUGUAUCUUAUAGAAUGAAAUCGAUAAACGCCAAUGCAAAGGCUGACCUUGUUCGACAUUAUUGGGGAAUCGGAAGACUUUUCCAGAAUCUUAAUAUACCCUUUCUUAAAGUGUAAAAUGUGAAGACAGUGCGUGCUUCCACCAAAAGCAUAUUUUUAUAUAUGUUUACUAUAAAAUUUAUUUGAAUUUAUAAGGCCACUGAAGAUUAGUGAAAAGUGCAUGCUACGUUAGUGGUCGUUUUUUCCAAGUGCAGUUUAUACAGGAGGUCAAAAAGAAGUGUAUUCGACGACAAACAUCCUGGCGAGUCGGAAAUAUUAUAGGGUUACUCCGCAAGAUAAUCAGUAUUACAGCCCCACCUUAGUGAUCCUUUCUAAUCAGAAGUCCGUCCAACAUUUCAUGAAUUCGAUCGCGGCUGUAUGCUGGUCACAAAAAUCUCAUUUCUCUACUAUUAAGAGUUCUCUCUGACCGUCUGUUUUUUUCAGGAGACUGAAAUAUAGGAGUGAGACCAAGCUUGUUACUUUAAGGAACACGCAUUUGUUUAUGGUGGUGACUGUUUUGUCAGAAUUAUUUCUUUCCUUUAGAGGCAGUUAUAGCUAGUAAAGUUCUUUUAGACAUAACAAGCAGCCCGUCCUUACAUUACUUGACAAUAUCGUAUCAUGAAAAGGUUACGCGAUAUUAAUUAGCAUCGUGCCACCUUAAUGUUUCAACAGCACCAAUAACCUUCGAAACGAUAUGAGAAUUUGCAUCUUUUUACAACUUCUACGUUACCUGAUAAACUUUUUAGAAAACAUUAGAAUAGAUUUGGAAUAGGCCACCGAAAACUGAGAGCAUAAGAAUUCGGAUAUAGUUAGGCAAAUAUCCGGCUAAGUGCUUUGAUUUUAAUGUUGAGUUUAAAGAAGGUGGAGUUUGAUAAGAUUUUCUCAAUGAAGUGGAUUUCUUUUAAUCCUUUCUGGGAAACCCGAUACGAUUUACAAACGUAGAUGUGACUAGAGCCAUUGUUUUUUUCAAAAACGGCGGUUGCACAGGACACCGGGGAGACUGAAUUAAAAAGUUAUUGUCCAUAAUGUGCGCACCUAUCAGUGAUGGUAGUGUUUUAUAGCUCCAAACAUAUUUUGCGAUUUCGGUAAAGGUUUCAGAUAUUUAACGCAAACCAUCUCCCUGUCAGCGCUUAGAACCUGGCUAUCUUUGCUACCUCCUACAGGCUAUCAGCUCUCAGCUGGCCGUGGGUGAGCCCGUGGACUGGUCCAUCUAUAAUAUUUACACUGUUGCUAACGUGGCCAAGCGAUUUCUCCUGAGUGUACCUGGUGGUCUGCUGGGUGAACACAACGAGCGGAGGCUCCUGGCAACUGCGGUCUCUUACUGUCUGACUGAACAGGGACAGCGAAAGGAGGAGGAGACUCCGAAGCAGGGUCAUAUGCAGUCGCACCAUCGCAACCACCACCACCACCAUCACCACCAUCAUCUGAGGACAUCUGCUGGUGUGGGUGAGGGUGCAUUGUCAGUGCCCUCGAAACUGAUGCAUGCGCCCGGAUUUCGACCCAUAGAUUCCGUCGCCGGUGGACACCUGUGGAUCUCACCCUCCUUCUCCGACACGUCAGGCUUCCUGACUGAUUUUGGUCUGGGCCCUCCAAUGCCCUUUGAGCAGACUCAAAUGGACAUCUUCGUUGGGUAGGUUUCAUUGGUUAGAGCGAUAUUUAUCUAAGUAUACGGCCUAAAGUGGAGCGUUAAACGGCUUAUUUUUGACCUUUACAGGCCAAGUAAUUGACGUGUGAGUCUCAGCGCAUGCGUUAGGGUUGAAAAGCAGUAAGAAAUAGCCAUUAUCAUCAGUGGUAGAAAAGAUUAUGCGUCGACAUGACAGCACACGACACACCGGCCGCCUGGUAACGAGCCAAAGGGACUCGAUAAGUGUCGUUGUUAUUGGCAAAGAUGGACAGGGCAACGGUACGAAGAAGGACCCCACUUUACUUUCGGUAGACUGUGGAUCAUGUCAUACGGGAUUGGCGUGAAGGAUAGUUCUACGGGUGGGUCAGCACACUAGACAGAAAGCUGGCAAAAUGCAUGAUGACACAGAAAUUGUUUAGAUUUCUCCUGAAAGACUCAUCGUACGCUUUCGUACGACGACAGGAAUGCAGGAAGUAACUAAAAAACAGACGAAAGUAAAUUUCGAAAAAUAAAGGAGUUUGAGUGACGGCCUGAAGUCAUGGGAAGCGAUUGUUAUUGGCAGUGUAAUGUCUGCAAAGGGCUGCGAAUGGAUGCCAAGUUAAAAGCCCCUAUGACGAGAUUCAAAGUAUUUGAAGAAGAAGAAGAAUCGAGCACCGGAACAAUUCGUUUAUUAUCCUGAGCUUUCAGACUCGUACAGGAGUCCAUCGUCAGAGGUAGUGGCAGAAACAGGACAAGCGGCAGUUAUAAGGCACGUAGACCCAAUCAUCGACCGACGUCGCACGACUGGAGGUGACUACGAAGGGCUCUGUACGCCGGCGCCAGAUCGAUAAAUCGAUUGACCGAGUUCUCAUCCGAGGCCCAGGCUUCAAUCAAUUCUCGGCCUGUUUUGUUUCCGGCGUGGGCGACUAUUUUUGGUGGCUGCGAAGUCAAACUCGUGACCCAUUUCGUAGGUGUGGGCAGCCACUUGUGACAAUGCGUCGCCUCGCCGCACAGCCAGCUUAUGUUCAUGUAUGCGCGAUCCCAGCAUGCGUCCAGUCUGUCCUGUGUAAUUACAAGGACAAUUUUGACACGGAAUGCGAUACACUACUCCAGAUUGCUCUUCAGGUUUUAACCGGUCUUUGAUCUUCAUGACCCUGUUGCGCAUGGUGGCUUUGGGGCGGUGUGCGAUUCCAACCCCUAGCUCCGCAGCAAUGCGCUCGGUCGCUUCUGAAACACCCUUGAUGUAUGGCAGAGCAUGCCAUAUCGUCGGUGGCGUUGAUGUUUGAGUUCUCUGGUGGCGACCGCGUAGGCAGCGACUUACGAAUGCCCUCGGAUAGCCAUUUUGCACAAACUGGUCGCGGAGAUAACGGGCCUCACGCGCUCUGUCUUCCAGUUUGCUGCAAUGAGUUUGGAUCCGUUUGAAGAGCGUCUUCACACAGCUUCGUUUGUGAGCCACCGGAUGGUUGCUGUGAAAACUGAGAAGCUGUGUGGUGUUCGUUGCCUUCCUAUAAACCGUCGUUUCAAGUUCACCGUUAAGGUUUCGUCUGACGAGCACAUCCAGGAAGGGCAACUGCUGCUCCUGUUCUUCUUUUCUCGUGAAUUUUAUAUCCGGGAAGACUGCUCGAUUCUUCUUCUUCUUCAAAUAUGUAUACACCUGGAACUCGAAAUUUCGCCUUUAUUCGAGAUUCAAAGUCUACCGUCAGUUAAGUAGAGUCCUUUUCCAUACCGUUGCCGGUGGCAGGAAGCAAAAUUCCUGGUUACUCUCACCGUAACUCCGCGCCGGAAAGACAAGGGGCCUUGAAGAAUGUUCUCUGACCUUUUAACUGAAAUAAGAAACGUAUAUGGCUUCUUUUGAAGGCAUUGAUGCCCUAAAAUAGGCCAUUCUUUUGCCUGAAAACUGGACAAAAUAAUAGCACGCCAAAAACCUUCGCUACAGGAAAUACUAGCAAUUUAGUCAGCACCCAAUUAAUCCUAACAAGACAAAUAGUGCAGAAAACUCGAACUUAUAUUAUAGGGCACUUUAUUUUUCAUAAGGACUGUAUAGCUGGCAUGUAAUAGUAAAUAACGUCAAAACAUUUACACGAGUUUGGCAAACGUCGUCGUACAUACCGUACUGCCCAUCUGUUGUCGUUUCAAAUGUUUACCUUGAUACUCUAAAUGGGCUCUAAAUUCAAGUUUUUCGGCCGCGUGUUAGUAUUCGGAAGGAAACUUUAAAAGAAGACAAAAUUCAAUUUUUAGUUUAACUGAAUGAUGAUUAAAACUGCCGUAUGGCUCCUCCUUUUUUCAGAUUAGCGCGUUUUAACUUUCCAUAUAUAAAAUUUCCCUUGUCUGUGUCUUCGAAUUCUCAGAGCUGGAAAAUUUAUUUUUUGUUGCUCGAAUGCAGUACACGCGAAACCUUUUGAGGCAUUGAUGGGAAAGGAUACGUAUUUGAGGUUUACUUGCUGAUUAACCUGACACAUAGUAUGAAGAUAACGCACACACUGGAGGAAUUCUGGCACCUUUACCGAGCCUAUCUUUAGCCGUCACUACCAUUCACACCAGAUAAAGAUCGUCACGUAAUCAGCACACUCUCUUCAAUCCACCAUACUCCUCAAAACAGAUAAACAGUAACUUUUUUCCGAUGUAAACGUUUGAAGAAAUUACACUUUACCAAAUUAUGGUAUUUUAAGGAUAAAGGUUUUUCGGUUUUAAAAGUUUUAUCCACUAUACCUCUAAGCAACAAAAGUUCUUUCGCUUGUUCGUGAAGUUUGUAAACACUGGCCAUAUACUUUCUCUGAAAUGAAAUCAUACACUGCUUCAUGCCCGUCAUGAAGAGGUCUCCUAGUGCUCAUAAACUGCUGUAAUUAAUGUGGAUCGUGCUGCGUUCUUAAAAAAGCACCAGAAAUCGGAGAAUAUUGUAUCACACGGGGGUUUCCCAAAAGUUCCACACUAAUGAGUUUUUUAAAGCAUUUAACCAUUCCUCCCAGCAGAAAUAUACGAAAACACACUUUUAAACAAAUGUUUUGGACCACUGCUUUUGAAAUGCUGUGCUCGAGAUCACAUCUCUAUCUCUAACCAAUGUUGCUAAUUUUAGAUAAACGUUAAAAACCAUAAAGCAUCCACACGAAUUACGUGGCGCUUUUGCUCUAAGGUAUUUUCGAAGAUGGCUUUUUAGACGCACAAACAAGUGCUAGUCUGUUGCAAGGUUGAAAUUGUUUUAUUACGUUUCAUUCUAAACACUAUUGCUCUCCUGUUUAAGUACCAGUCGUUAAUUUAAGGUACAAACACGAAUAUCAGUUUAUGUUUUAUCUGGCUCAAUACGUGGUGAAAACCAUGGAUAAAUGAUUCGACCUAGUUUAUUUUGGUCUACUUAACUCAGAUUUUACAAGUAUUUUGCAAGUUUGUUUCACAGCUGCGCGCAGUUUGGGACUUGAAGGUCGGGAUGGGCGUACUAGAGAAGGAAAGUGUCCUACGUUAACUGCGAAAUAACCCAGUUGAAGCCACCAACUUUCUAAAUUUACAUGGUGGCGUCGUCGAACAUGCAGCCCUUACUGUCUAGCGUACUUAAGUACCAUCUCACUAACGUCCUUUUAUGGUGCCUUUCCCCGUGUGUUUUCAAUAAAAUUCAUGCCGAGUCCAACGCUUCCUCCCUGUACUUACCGCGGUUUAUCUAGAGGUCAUUUUUCGCAAGGAUUUGAGAAAUGUACGCACCCGGGAUUGCGUAGGCUUGGACGUAGGUUUGAAAGAGUGUUUUAGUAAACAGGAGGUCGAUUACGCCAUUUCUAACCUUCUAUCGAACGCAGAUCUAAACUGUCUGUUUUGUCUAUGAAGGCAUAUUUUCGACAGCGUCGUCAAUAAAAAAGGAAGCUCUCAAAGCAUAUAUUGUGCUAGUCUUAUUAUACACCAGUGCCGUUGUUUCAGUUUUAAUUGACCGUCAAUAAUUUUGUUAUUGAGCAGUUUGAGAUUUCCUGGCAUGAGUAUAAUGCGGAAGAGAUUUAUCAUGCUUUUGUUGUCUAGUCCAUUUUGAAUAUUGUUCUUCUAACUCCCCCCCUGUCGUAAGCCUGCAGAUAAAAAAAGGGCAAGUACAUAUGGUUGAUUCCUGUCUUCACUUUUGUUAUUUAAGCCCUUAAACUUAAGCAACUUUUUACUAAAUCGAUAGCAAAGUACGAUGACUCGAAUUGUUAAUCUAUUUUUCAUAAUAAGUGAUAAAAGCUUUUACAGAGUAAUGUUAAUGGCGGUGUAAAAUUACUGAAAAAGGUAGGAAAGACUGGAAUGGCUAUUUCCAACCUCUUAGCCGUCAUCAACUAGCCACAUUCAACUUCAAGUUUUGCAAUCCCUAAGGCCCGAUCCCGCGACCUGUUGGAUAGAAGUAAAGGCAAUUAAAAUUCAAAUGGAGAGAUAUUAACUGUAGAGGUAGAGGGUUGCUCGCUGGUCGCGUUAUGGACACAAUCCUCCCACUUCGUGUCGUGGAGCUUAGUCAGCAGCCGCACAUUGGUCCGUAGUCUAGACACUGGGCUUCUGGUUCAUUGGUUAGGGUGUUGGAAUUCAAACGACUAGGUCGCCGGAUCGAACCUCAGGGACUGCGAAACCUGGAUUUGAGUAUGGCCGGCCGAUGACGGCUAGUAAUUCAGAAGUCGACAUUCAAGUCUCCUUUGUCUUCGUAGGUAAUGUUAUUUUGCCCAUACUGCCAGUCGCUGUGCAGCUGCUGGCGGGUCUCGAGAUUAAACCCCAAAGCACAAAGGCAGACGGCUGUUUCCCGUAACGCGACCGGUGAACAACCUCUGCUUUUAAGUCAGAAUUCCUUCUUACUGAAUUUCACUUGUCGUAAACGAACUGUUUUUGGGGCAGCUACCAAGAUAGGCCAACUAUGAAUAACUUACCUUAUACUACACCCUCUGAGCGGAUGUUAAUCGAUAAUUGAAAUAUCAUUGCCCCAGUAAUGAAGAAAACGCGUUAUAAUUUACCUAUAUCACUGUUUGUGCCAAAUCCAACCACCUUUGACUCCUAUUAUGGCGCGUAUGAUGGUGUCCUUUAAAGCCUCUCAAUUUCCCCUUAACGUCUCAUGCUAAACGUGUAUAAAUGAAGUUGAAAACUACUCAAAUGAAAAGGCCAAAUAAGAAUUAGUUUUCUCCUAGGACUAAAUAUAUGUCUGAAAUUUCUAUGUGACUGUGACGACGAGAAACUUCUCACGUUGCCUUGUCCUGGGAGUUAAUAUGAAUGUUAUAGUUAUAUUCUGAGAAGCAAACAGCUAGGGCUUGGUCUACUGGAGGAUUUCCUUAAUGCCAGAGUUAAGAACUCGUUAAGCACACUCAUUUAUGUUGCAAGCCAAAAAUAAUUAGAUAAUCAGUAACGAAUAGCCGAGGUCGCUGAUUUCUUCAGAAUUAAGCUACUUGCAAUACCUAGUAAAAAACUGCAAGUAUAUUUGAGAUUGCUUGCAUCUGCAAGCAAAUCAACUCAUCAGCCGUCGGCUAAGAAGUUUCACUGAGCGACAAAUUAGGAGUUUGUUCCCCCUUCCACCCCUUCGGCACUUCUAAAUGUCGUGAAGAAUAGCCCUGUCCUCUGAAGCAUAAUGGUAUAGUCGUUUUCUCGCAAACCCUAGAGUGCCUUCGUUUUGUCAAAAUCCUCGUUUAAUUCAUUGAACUAACGUCUUUUUACAGAAUUUGCCCGAAAGCUUUAUCUGUUGAAUAGGGAUCGUCUGACUUAUUCUGUUGAAACCGCAUGUCAGUGGAAGCAUAAGCAACGACUCCUCAAGUCGACUUUUUGUAGCCUAAAUCUGCUCGGGUUUGAGAGAAAAUAGCCUGCUUACAAAUACUGUAAGAAAACUUAAAAACGGACAAAUACUGUUGGACAAAGUUACUUGAAUAUGACGGUUUUUCAGGCAGUUCCCGCACUAAUUGAGCGCGUUUUUCAUAUUUUCUCUUUCUGAACGGAUUGUGAUUAUGUCUCUACCUGGCCUGUCCUUUGCCAGUUCUUGUGUACAGCUGGUGAAUUAACUCAUAAAAUACGCGUAACUCAGAACGUUUUUCUGCUGACUCGGUAAUCGCUCAAGUAUACUGACAGUGACUGUCUCUAAAGCAAACGGUCUUCAGUUAAUAAAAAUACAAUCUACUCAGUGGAAGUAAUUAACAAUGGUUAUAAAUAACAAUUAGUUUAGGAAAAAACCACAGUGCGCGGAAAGUGAAAGUUUCGUAAAAUUGGUAAAUAUAAGUUGUAGAGGUACUCAGUGCAUAUUUAUGCGACAAACUGAACAAAUAAAACAGCGAAAGCACAGCAAUUUUGAAACACCCUUUUGGAUAAUGCACAAAACAAAUACCCCAAAGAAUUGACAUGUAGCACAAUGAACAGGCAGCUACGUGAUACGUGACAAAACACACUUCUGAUGUGAUGGGGGAAUUUUUCCGUAAACUUACAGUGUUCUUUCUAAUGAUGCAGCAGAAUGUGUCCCAGAGCGCACCUGAUGAAAUUUCCAUGAGAAUUGCGGCCUUUGCCUUCGUGAGUUGAAUGCCAAGUAGGUUGUUUCUGUAGUCCAUGUUUGUUAAGACUUUUCUGAUGCGUUUUUGAAAGCCGUUGAGUACAUAACUUGUUCUUAAACGUUUGUUUUUUUACCGGUUGCGGUUUGCGUCCUAUUUCUCACCCUAACCUAGACAAUAAACUCGUUCGCUGAAGGUAAGAUGUGUUCACAACAAAUGUACCUUUGGCAACAUAAGGGACCUUUCAGAACCAUUUGUUAGCUUCUUUCUAGGUCACCAGGAAAAAACCCUGAUGUAUUUUACACAUAACGUUAUUUCUCUUUUUGCUACUGGUGGUUUUUCGCAAACGAAAAGUGCCCUUUUUGCUGUAUUUUAGGGCCGUUAGUGUUAUAUUUGAUUACUUCUAUGUCCCAUCUUAUGGUCAUAAAAAUUGAUCUUUUAACUAUUAAAAUAAUUUUCAAGAGGGAAAUGAAGUACCCCUUAUCUUUCUGCGUUGUAUAUUUUAUGAAAAAGACCGGAAGUCAAAUUGUCCGAGACGUGUUUAAUCACCUCGUAAUUGCAUGCAGAAUAUUUAUGCAGUCCUUGAAAUUAGGGGUGCGUUAGAUAACGCUUCGUCUGCAAAUACUACUACAAAGUUAAAUAAUACAAAAUCUGCACAGAUUAGUGAAGGAAACUGUUUGAUGGAAAAAGGCGUCUGUUUCUCUUAAGCGAAAACUGUUUUUCACAUUUUGCCUCACAUGAUACAAGUGGAAUGAGAGUCAGGUUUCAAGUUAAUAAAAGUGGACUUUGUAAACUUUUGUCAUUUAAUUCAAAGCCUUCAACUGGAGAAACAUAUGCAAACGAAGGAUUCUAUCCCACCACGGUAAUUUGUUUUGGAAAUUUCCAGGAUAUACGGAAUGGCUGGUUUCCGCCCAUCAAUGUGAGAUUUUUGCUGAUAAAACAAUCCAAAAAUAUGAUUGGUGCAAGAGGACCUUCCUUUCAAUGAGUUGAGCCGCUACGUAACGUGCACAUCGUCCGAGGCACGCUGGACUUACCAGUGCAUUCCAGCCCCAUUUCAUUGCUUUUGUUAGUUACCAUCCAGUGUGAUAUUUUGUCAGUGUUCGUACAGUUAUUGUAGUCUGCGCCAAAAUAUGUCUGAGCCCAGACACUGCACUUAAUAAAUGCUACCUUUGGACUCACAAUCACCAGACUGUUUGUCUGAGCAAAAAACGACAAGUUGUCUCAAAUCCUGUUAAUGUAUUUAUUUUUCGAAAACUUGCUCGAUGUCACCUAAUGUCCGAAUUAUCGUAGAAACUAUUGGUCAUUUUUCGGACAAAACACGCCGAUUGCUUAGCUUUGUUUUGUCUAAAUCUAUCGAGAAUUUUGCGGAUCUGUUAAUGACGACGUUUUGGUAAGGAGCCUAACCCUCGUUAACACGUACUGCGAAAUAUGAAACUUACCCAGAUAUGUUAUCACAUAACCUAUUGAACAUAAGACCAUGCAAAUCCAUUGCAGAGUCCUGAGCUAACCAGACGGAUUCCCAAAGGCAAGUUAACCUCUGUGAUAGUCACGUCAUGUAGUUUCACACACUCUCGUCAUGAUAAUUACCCUAGAUGCCUAUUUCCAACGAAACAUUCGCCAUCCCUUUGGGACUCCCACCCGGAUAUCAGGUGUCGAACUGUGCAAUUCUAAUGGUGAUGGUUAUUAAAAAUAUUUGUUUGUCAGACCGUCUUUUGCAAGGAUUCUUAAACUUUCUGCACAUUUUACAACGAACGUGUAAGUGUUUAUUUGUUUGUUUCGAUCCAACUGUGAAAAGCGCGGAGAUCUCGGUGGGAUUCAAACCCGCGACACCAAGGAGAAGGCUUGAGUACAGCCAAAGCUUCCUUUCGUUGUCGUGGAUUCGAGUCCCACCCAGCUCACCGAGAUUUUUACAAGUGGGUCAGAAUAAACUAUUCAAAAUCUACCACAACACCUAUUCAUACUUUUUUGUCACAAUCUUCUACCGUUCUCCACUGUUCUAGCUUGUCUAGCUAUAUGAAUUCAAAAAUAGUCUUUUUUUAGAUUCUGUGGUUUUUCUUUGCUUAUAGUUAACAUAUCCGACGUAAAUUAAACAGAGAAUUGAGUUGGAAGGAACAUAUGUUAUAAAUGAUGGCUCCACUGCAUGCUUGAGUGAGCUGCUGCGUUUUCGUGAUGAAACAUUCUUCUAGCAAAAUAUGUUUUUCCCAAGUUAGGUGGUGCUGUUCAAUGCUAUUCGUUACUUGCGAUUCAAAGCGACAACUCAUGUUUCUAGAAGAAAGGUGCUGCUUCUUGUCAACUCAAACCUCAAAUAUUCUUUAGAGUUUUCCGUUAUUUUUGGCCGACCAUACUUAGUUAGAAACACUAGGCAACCUUAAAGGACCAUGAUAACUGCGAAAUCGAAAUUGGUGAUUGGUACUCUAAGAUUUUAAACGUAGUACCUUGAGGAAGAGUCGUGCUAGUGAGGCCAUUUGCCAGUAUUAUUUCCGGCUAUUGUCUUCUUAACUCAACAAACUCAUCUAGUAGUAAAUUUCACAAGAUUCUGAGGUACGCAAAUUUACAUCUGAAUGGAAAACAACUCUUAAGCUAGGUUACACCACUGUUUUUGGAGUUGUGAUUUCGGUCUUCUUCAGAGUCAUCACACAGAAAAUAUAGAUUCCCGCUUGAUAUAAAAGCAGAUAUUUUUGAAAUUGUAAACCUCGUAUUGAACAGAAUAGGUUAUUUGAAACAUGCAAUUUAUUCAGGGAUUCUUAGAGACUGGCAAAACGUAUACACAGUCAUCGGAACAAGAAAUUUAUUGUCGUAAAGAUUUUGAUUAAAAAUCACGCGCAUCUACUUUCAUGGCGAUUUCACCCAAUCAUUACGGUAACCCCUUCUGCCGCCUUAUCUUUCUAUGAUUAUGUCUGUAACUGCAGGUUCCAGCAUGAAUGUUAAACUUCAGACUGACACAGCUCUCGUCUGAGGUAUUGAGUACGUUUUCCAACGUUUGUUAUAUCGGACUCGCCUUUCGGUGUGUAUCGUAAACACCGAGUUUCUCCACUUGAUAUCUGUCAAAUCUGACAGUCCAACGUUUCUUAGAUCGGGUGGCAAAGCAGAUGUACUACACUAUAAAUGUGUAACUUAAUCGACCAGGUUGGAAAAGGCUCAGCGACCUUGGUGACUCGAAUCCGCAACAAAACGGCAGAGUUUUAGUAAAAAAAUGUUCUAAUUGCCUAAACCACAUGGCUCUGGCUGAGAACUCAGCCUUUUGUGCCAAGGUAUCCCCUUAGAUGUGUUAAAUUCGGGUCUCUCUGUGGGACAUCGUAGUGCAGGUGACUAGAUCGUUACUUGGAUUAAAGUCCUAAAAAUGUAUUGCAGAUUUUAAUUCCACCGGGUUUUCAAGUCUUCCCAGUCAAGGAUAAAAUGAAUUCUAAAUAGAAUACACGCGUAUCAAGCAGAUUUGGAACUUUAAAGUGAUACUGCGUAAUAAUGUUUUUAUUAAGUAAAUUUAGGAGGAACAAGUAAAAUGACAUAAACUUCAUAUGAAAUUAACUCCGCCACUAAAAACUGCUAUCAUUUUACUAGAUAUAACAAAUGAAGUCAAAUGUAUCCUACUACAAUAGCAAGUUUGCCACAAAUGAGGUCGAUUCAACCGUCCUUAAAACAAAAUGGCGAGUGAAUUAGCUCAAUAUUUUAUCUUAUAUUCCCUAGUAUUGUAACAUUAUUGAAGCAACGAUUACCACACCGGUUUUAUGUAAUUUUGGUCGGUGGUGUGCGAACAUGUUUACUUAUUAAAUGGGUAUUCUCUUCCCCAUUGCCAUAGGACAAUUCGGAUUCCAAUCAACACACCCUGUGUUUUAUUUAGUACCUUAUCGGAUUUUGUUUUUUAUUGUUUAUCUGCCAUUUUCAAUUUUAAUAUUUGGCUAAAUGGUUUUUUACGUUGUUCUACACUUUGAGCAAUAAUUUGGUUGCAUGCGUAAGUCACUGUAGAUGCUCCUUUGGCAUCUCUAACUUAUAGCUGCUUCUAUUAGAGGUGAUAACAAUAAAUUGAAGCUCUUUAAGCUAUUAUCACUGAGGUUAUCAUAUGACUAGAGAAAGACCUUCAUGGUUCACUUUUCCUACAAAAUACAAUACAGCCCAUGCACUGUCUUGGGAUUGCUAAAAUAAGAAGUCACUUCCGUAAGUGGGAAAAGAUUCGGAAGUACAGUAUGCAGCUUCAGGCUAUAACGAAAGGAACCAAGCCAUCUGCGCGGUUGUUACCUUCAAGGAAAUUAAUCAUUCCCGUUUCAUCUGGAGUUACGAACUCUCAGGCUUCACCAUCCCCCUUGAAGUCAAACCCAUAACGGGUACCUGCAAUUUUCUUUUUCCUUUGUUGCAAGCAUUAAAAAUUAACCCAACGUUUGCAGCCGGAAUGUUGUGUUUCCUGUGUAGGAAAAUCUGGCCAGCGUUUUCAGGUCGCCUGACUUUGAUGGCAGUGAAGAUACUUUAAAGUUCCGAAGAUAAUUUCCAUGGGCGCAGAAGCAUGUGGCGUUUUGUACCGACCUUUCAUCUUUCGUUCUACCACCGUUCCUGCGAUUUUGUUUGAAUGGAGUCCCACUGAUAGUUCAUCCGUCGCAAGCACAGAGGAUCAUCAUGGUCCGGGAGAAGGGACAAUGGGGAUUUGCGUGUGGACUUGUUUAUAUUGGAGAGAAUUCCUCCCCUUCACAUCCACCCCACUCCUCCCAUACCCGCCUCGUUUUUAAGACAAGACGACCAAAACAACCGAGGUGGGCAAGAGGUCUGGCAGAGCUAAGUAAUGUGUCCAUAAACUGGCUGAUCUUGAAAUCUGAAGGGCUAGAUCGCAGUUGGUAGCCAGGAUCCGUAUUACAAGUGGCUGUGGGGUUUGUUUACUGGGGCUAUUAAGUGGGGCUCCAUAAUUACAUCCGCCCCACUUGGCUUCCGUUUCACGUUUGAGGUUAGGAUAAGGGUUCCGGUUAGUGGUUUCUGAUUUUCGGGUUAGGGGUUUGCCUUUAGGCUUAGUUUUUCGGGUUACGGUUAGGGUUUGAAUGUACGAUUAGGGUUCAGUAUGACGGUUAGAUUUUUUAGUUACGGUUAUGUCUAAGGGCUGCGGUUACGUUCACCAUUUCGGUUAGGGUUAGGGUUGCCGUUAGGGUUAAUGGUUAAGGUUAGGGUUAAGGUUAGGAUUAUGGUUAGGGUCGCCGUCCACUUCCCCAUUCUUGGCUACCAACUGCGAUCUAGCUGAAAAUAGUUUCCAAGCAAGUGCUUUGGAUUUUCCACCGAAGAUUAUUUCUGUAGAUUUCAGGAAAUCCAAAAAAUGUUGCAGUCUGACUUUCAGUCAGAAAAUAUGCCGUGAAAAAUUAUUUUCUUUGUGAGUGCUCCCACACAAAGGCCCGAAAUCCUAUUUUUGACCACUUGUCUCCAGUCCAUAAUUCUAAGGGGUUAGGAACUGCAUAUUUCAAAGUUAUUUCACGCCCACCCAACUAGAUAUAGUGUAUUUGUGAAUUCGGUUGUUAUCGAAGUCCACCCUGACUCCCAGCUAAAAUUUUGUGAUAAACACCUAUUUACUUCGAGGAUCUAUUUUCUGACGACACCUUGUCUUACAAAUAAAAAUAUUUUCGGACUGCCGUUUUUCGUUGAUAAGGCAUUUAGGUUGCCGCAUACUCAGGAUUAGUGGACAAUUUGCAAGAGCUUUCGAGCAAAGCUCAAAAACUGGAUCGACCUUUAUUGCGUCCUUCAUUAAAGCUAGAUCAGUGGAUGCCACUUCCAUGUUACUUAUGACUGUCCCUCCCAGUGCAUCUUGAUUUUGAUAGUUCAUGUCUUAUUUGCCCACCUUGAUUUCUGCUUCUGAGCAGUACAUUUUCCGGAUAGGACACUUCUUUGUCGCCAUAUUCCUCUAAGAUACUAUGAAUAGGUGGUUGCAAAGCCGUGAGAUUGUACAGACAGUGAUUCUCCUCUUGACGGUUAUUACCGUCGCCGACCGCAUCACUUUACAGAUACUCGACUCAUUUCAUUUGGACUAUUCAGACUGCGGAAGACCACAGAAAUUUUUUGACGUUCUUGGACACUUUUGGGCAUGGCUGGUGCUCUUUUCGCUCCAAGAAAAAAAACGUUCAUCAUGAAAAGUAUACAUGUGAAUUAGCGUUCAGGUCGGUUACUUCAACCAUAAAUGCACUGCCAACUCGUAAUUCCUGACGAACGUUAACUCACGGGCGAGGCAUAAGACUGCCUGGACCUUCCACUAUCGUCACAGGCACCGGAAAUGAGGAUAACAACGAUUAAAAUCCGAAGGGGUUAGAGAGCCUAUUUGAAGACGCCAUUUUCAUACCGUCCGACGUGCAUGAGAUUGUGCGUCACCCGCCGAACUUAUGAUGUGAUCUGAGCAUAAAACCCUCAGUACCGAACAUGGGCAGUUGAAUCCUCUACAUGAAACGUCAGACCACCCAUGCACCUCGUCCGCUGACCCUCGAUUCUCGAGAAUCAUUUUUACCGUCUUUUAGCCCCUUUCGGAUUUUCUGUGUGGAGACGCCCAAUGUGUAACAGGAAUUAGCAGCAUUUUAUUUAAACGUUUUGUCCACCUCUUAUAUUAUAUGGUUGAAUUUAUUUGACGUCUUAUCUACUGGGUUCGUCCUAGACAAGAUAUAUAUAUAUAUAUAGGUUAGCAAACUUGAGGAGUUCAAUAUGGAGUGAGAGAAAGCGUUCUAGAAAACUGUUUUCAUAUUACAGAACUUACACAGUGUAACUAUUUAGAGAACAAAUGCGCCACACAAACCCGAGGUUAAAAUGAUUUACCUUCACAAAGAAUACUCAUACCAACAAUUUCACACUUUGCGCUGACUUUAUAAAAUAUAGUAUGCUCUGGGAAAAAUGCAUCGAAAACUGGAAUCGACCCUUUGUUAGACCAACUCAAUACUCCUUCGCACUGCCAGGGUGAUUAGCGCUUUAAUGUUAUUUCCGUCUUUAUACUUUUUCAACAGAAUCCUGGAUAGUCUACCCAAAGCGUCGCGUGAGCUGGUCGUCUUCAUAUUUGGCAUCCUUCACAGCAUGGUGCGGCACGCUAGCGCCCUGUUCAGUACUGGAUGUCACUCUUGCUCCUCCUCCCUCGAUUUACACGGCGGCUCCACGGGGGAUUUGGGAGGCCUUGACACCGUGACGAGAGCUCCUGCCUCCGGCGCCUCUAACCCCCCCGUCUGCACUCUUGCCGAGGCUGUUUCGAAGUCCAUUGUGGGUGCGCUUGUCCACACCUGUCCCCUCUCGGUCGAAAUGGUUGACCGAGCAUCUCAGGUAAAGUACUGUUAUAAUUUCUAAGUGUCACAGACAGACAGACCGACAAUGACAAGCGAAGCCGGGACAGCGGCUGCUUUGGGGCGUUAACAUCCUCUUCAAUUAGUCACACCCCAGUCAUACGUAGCUUGCUUUUUUUUCUGACAGCGCUAAUUUGCUUGCUUUGCGAUCUCAUGAACGUUCGCUCUUCCCCUCAGUACGGACAGACGACAAAGUCAGUGUGCACUGAGGCGAAGAUCGCGAGCACAUCCAGUCGAUUAUAUUUACAAUUCUCUGUUUGUUUGCUCGUGUCUAAAGCAUUUUUUCACUUACACAUUAUGAAGCAGUAGUGUCUUGAAAAUUUCUAAUUAUCAGUGAAUUGCUAGUAUCUAGAAACAUGUUUAACAGUGGUUCGACAAUAUACUCGACGGCUAUUCUCAGUCCGUUAUCUAGUUUACUUAGUUAUGUCUUUUUAAAAGCUCUUUACAUAUAUUUAUCUUUGGUUGAGAACAUGACAAUGCAGACACAACUUUAGGUUGACUUAGUAUUGGGGGACUAUUUUAUAAACGUUUUUGCAAUUUUAUUUACAAAGGAUGUUCUAUCUCAUGAAAUGUCGACCGAAAUUCUAAAAUGUGUCUUCGAUUAGAAAAGAUUCCCUAAAUAAAGGCGGAAGACUAACCGUCACGCAGUAUAAUCACAAGAUAUUUCGGUCAGAUCAGGAUGCCGGCUUUUGGGCGAUUUUCGUUCAGGCCGCUUCAAAAGACUACUCGAGGAAAAACGACUACCUAUAUACAAUAAAUUUGCUCUGAUUGACUUCUGACGUUCUUAAAAAUACGAAUAUAUUUUAUAGAAAACAAAGAGAAAUUUUUUCUUGUUUUCAGUUGACAGCAAUCUAUGUCUCCUUAAAGUUUACGCUUGAAAGCGUAUCUUUAAGUUUAAAAAACCCAACUUAUUAGAUAAUUUCUGACCUGACCUGCCGUUGAACUGGUAUUCAGGGUUCUCAAGCUACAAGCCAGAUCUUUCCCUCCGAGUAAAAUCACAUAUUUUGUAUAUACUAUUAAGAAGAACUCAUAUAGGGCUCGUGCAAUUAAUUUGGCAGAUAAGGUGGACUACGUUGCACAUUUCAUAAGCAACAUUAAAGAAUGGACGGUUGUAAUGCUUUAAGGAUAGACAUUUAACGAUCUAUAAGCAAUGAAUGUGCCUUAGCCAAGUAUAAGAGUUCAAAGAGAUGUAAGGUACUACCGACUGAGAAAAAGAAGAAAAUAUCUUUUCUGUUAUCUAUAUAAUAAAAUUUAGUAUCGAAGGGCGUCAAAAAUCAAUAAGAUUAAUUCAUAAUAUGCAAGGAGUUCCGCAGAAAAGAAACUCAGAAAGAGACUCGUUCAAAAGCCGGUAUCCUGGAGUGAUUGAAACAUCUUGCGAUUAUGCUGCGAGUUAGUUAGUCUUUCGACCCUUCGUGAGUAAUCCUUCAUAAUCGAAGGUAAGAUUUCAGGAGAUUACACAUCUACUGUAGAAAGUAGUUGUGCUGCUGGGAUUGAUUCCCAUCCGCCUCGUCCGACUGAAUUUCAUAAACUUGUAGGUUUCAUAACUAGGUGCCCAACAUGCUGGAUUUUUUGCCUUGUCUACUAACUAAUUUAUUUAUACUGGUAUGAUAUCAUUAUUUAGAAAUUUCUGGCGUGUCUUUGUAGCAGGGUUGCUCGAUGUUCAAAUGGAUAUUAGCAUUGUUCUGGUCUACUAAGAAAAUAGUCAAAAAACGUUAGCAUUUUAUUUGGGCUAAUUUAUCAUAGAAUUUAUCGCUUACUGGCACUAAAAAGCUUUCGAUUUUUGAAGUAAUAGGUUCAUCACGAUCGACAAUUCGGUCGGAUCUCAUUUUGUAGCCGCACCUGUAAUAGACAAGCCCCAGCCUGACCCCUAGCCCCUUACCCCAACCCCUAAUCAUAAUCCCUACCCCUAACCAGAUCCCCUAACCCUUAUCUUAAUCUCCAACCUUAACCCGUAAUUUUGACCCUUAACCCCAACCCCAACCCCUAACCCUAACUCCUAACCCCCAACCCUAAACCCUAACAGGUACGGCUACGAAAUGGGAUCUUGCCGAAUAUGCAACCAUUGUCAGGCUGUCGAUUUAACUAAAAAAAAAUUUGUUUGAGUUUCCCGAAUGCAGAUUGCACACGCCAAAGUAAGUGAAAUUUUCUAAAAGGCCAAAAUUCUGCACUUGGUCGAUCAAAAUAACAGUUUGUGGGUGGUAUUCCUUCCUUCGCCUUCGAGCUAAUCAUGCUGAAACUUUAUUAUAAUUUCUCCAAGUCGUCAAAUGCUUCAACCCAAAGACCAAUCACAUUGAAUAAGGCCUUCAGCUGACAAAGAGUAAGGGACACGUGCAUUUGUCAGAAUUCAGCGUUAUAGUCCGCCCUCUGAAGGAUUGUAAUGUUGGGUAAAAAGUAUAACAGCCUACGUGGUGCUAUCACUGCCCGUUUUUCGUUCCUCCUUUUCUGAUUGCUAUGCCGAGGGAGACUUAUUUCUUCCCGUCAAAAUGUUUAUUUCGCCCGUUUUUCGGCUAUAGUCUUUCGUAUCAUCCACGGAAAAGUUCGGUAUUUUUAGCUCUUUGGAGAGAUAAAAUAGCCAAAUGCAUAGAUAUCAUGCAGGCUUAAACAGCCUAACUCCUACAGGCAUUACAAAAUAUUGGGGCUAACUUUCAGUGAGCAAGUUUGGACUCUCAGAAAGACGGCCCUGUUCGGUUGAAUAUUACAGGAAUCGGCAUUUACGCCUGUCUGCACUGAGUGUGCCCCCAUUUUAAUCAGAAACUCCAACCUCUGAGGCGACUACGAGAACGUUGCUUAUAACAAUUAGGUUUUGGAGAACGAAAUCGUGUAUGAGUUCACUGUUGAGCGGGGUGAGGCGUGAUAUAACUAAUUGCACUGUCGUACCUGGCAUGGGGCAUCCAUAGUCGAUGAUACGUUAUGCAUUUGAGGCAACACCUGUUUGUAACGAACUUUAUAUUCUUCAGGGACACAGUGUAUCACUCAAUCACUCGUUUGGCAAGUCGACAUAAGGUACGAUCGAGGAAGGUGUUCUCCCACCCUCAGCUAGACUUUAACCGCAAUAGUAGUAAAAAUGCGAUUCCCAAGUGACAUAUUAAAAAAUGCUGGGGCGUUCACCGCACUCAUUCAAACGUGUGGUCGGGAAUUUCUUUCGGUUGAUUUAAAUCGCAACUUUAUAAGAUUCAAAACUUUGUGCGUAAUGCUCGUAGACUCCAAAUAUUUCCAAGGAAUACUUUUACAAACUGAGCAGAUAUUUUUGGUGACGUUAGAUGUGUUGCUAAUUUUCUUCCAGCUGAGAACGCGGAUGUUACUGGAACUUGCUUUGCAUAGUAAAUACUUGAUUAACACAAACCUUAGCAGCGAAAAACCGCAUCGUUUUUUCUUUGCGUUACUGGAGGCUUUGGAGGGUUUCAAAUGGAUAUUACGCAUACGGGCGAAGGGAAUGAUAGGGUAGUUUCAGCAUUUAGAUUUGACUCCCAUUCUGAAGAAAGGGAUUACGACUUCAUUAUUUCAGUCUUACGUCAGACUUGCUGUGCGACUUAGAACGCACUGCUGGGGCCGUUUCUAAAUGGCUUCUGAAUCGGCCCAUUUUAAAAGCCACAAAUUACUUCAUUUGCAUCAGGCAAAAAGAACACUUUUUGUAUAGGUUUCACUAGGGGCGGCUACAAACGGCGGACUUGACAGAUCAGCUAAGGACACUUACUAGAACCUUAAUCCACCACUCACCGAGGUAAUAGGCAUACUCGCUUUGCGUGUUCAACUUCUAAUUAAUUAAUGUUUCAUUCUCGAAAAAUACGAACACAUAAGGUAUAACGUCUGAGUUUCCAGAAUGCAGACAGCACACCCCAAAGUAAUUGAAAUUUCCUAGAAAACCAAAAUUCCGCUCUUGGUUGAUCAAAAUAACAAUUUGUGGGCGGUAUUCCUUCCUUUGCCUUCGAACUAAUUAUGCUGAAACUUUAUUAUCAUUUCUACAAGUCGUGGAGUGCCUCAACCCAAACACAAAUCACUGUGAAUAAGACCUUCGGCUGACAAAGAGUAGGGGACACGUUACGGUAACUGCCUUUUGCCAUUGCGGCUAUCUGCUUUGCUUCAAUACAGCCACUUUCUGUUGAUUCGGUGCAUGAAUUUCUAGAUGUCGGAUGUUUUGCUUCCCUAAAAGUCUAUUAAAUUUGGGAUAAAUGACCGAUAUUCAAAUUUCCGAGCAGAAUACAUGGAGAGUUCGGAUAUCUUAGGGUCGUUCUCAUAGCUAAUUAAGUUCUAAAUUCAGACCACGAGGUCUUGAUGUCGCGAUGAAGACAUCAAUUGCAAAACCCUUAAGCGCCUCAUAGCGCUGCAGCUGCAUGGUUUUUUGAGUUGAGCGUUUGAUCAUAUAAAGAAACGGUAGUCGCCAUUAGAAGUUCGCAAACGUGGAACGAAACACGAGUUCCCCUACCUAAUCAUCCAGUUUGGCGCUAAUUCAACACCGCGUGCACUGGAAUUAUCUUACACACCAAUGCAUCACUGGAAGGCCAAUGCCAGAUUUUGAUGCACAUUGAGCACCAAGGUGUAAGACCCGGUCAGCCUCUCCUCAACGCACAGUAUCAGUCCGGCCGGCAGAUAAACUGCGAGUAUCGGUGAGUGAACAAAAUUUCUGCAAACAACAUGCGCUAUCAAUCGUGUAGAAGGAUAACCGUUUGUGAGCGUACCUUAAAUUUCUUGUCGGUAACCAGGACAUCUAGUUUACUAUGCCUGACCCUGAAAGAAUAUAUUGCAGUUGGGAUCCGUAGUCCUACGAAGACCCUCUUUCAUAUAUCGACACAAAGAGGUGAGGCUCAUUUUUUCGUAGACCUCCUUCACGACUUUGCUUACCGGCACUAUUUGGUGUACCAGCCAUCCUUGGUAAAAUUAUUAAUUGUGGGAUAACAAUCACCGAUUCAUACUCUUGGCUCCUCACAAAUAGGCUAACUGACAAACCUCGUAUUCCAAAGCUCCCAAAUUUAUUUUCAAACUGGAACGGCAUCGUUCAUAUAUGAUGCCUCCCAUGCUAAAUCUUGGACUGUAUUUUUUUGUCUCCAAAGUUGCGACGGAUCAAAUAUUCACAAAUAGUCUACAUUCUUCAUAUGUUUACAUCCACCGCAGAUUUAGGAAUAUUAAUCUUUAUCCCGCCUUCCUACUGGCGGGCCUGAGGAAGACUAUUGCCAGGACCUAUUUUGUUGAAUAAUCGGAGCAGCUGUUUGCUUGUCAAUGCCCUUUCUUCAAGACUUGACAGUCAGCCGUAUUAUUCAAACUUGAAGCCGGCAAAUUUUACUUUGAUCGUCGAAAAACUACAGUUUCGAAGCAUGGAAAUUAACGUAAGCACGGAAGGGUUAUUUCUUGUUUACAGAUAGUUGACCCAGUGUUUAUUUGUCUGCUCGCCUCAUAAAGCUUUCUUAAAAAAGGCCGAACCUGCAUGAUAUGUUUUAAUACAUUACGAUUUAGUGUACUUCGAAACUGUUCGAUUCUUCGUUUACUGAUUACGCAUCUCGAAAAUUAUCAAAAGUCUGAUGGGGACGUUUGCAAACCUUGACAGUUGACUGGGACGAGCUCAUAUAUAGCCCAAGUAUUGCAUUGCGUGCUUUUACAUGUGAAAUUAAAUACACUUUAAACAGUUUUUAUGUACGCUCUUCCAUAUUACAAGGUCUUUGAAUACUUAUGGGUUUGCAAAAUAUAAUAACUUAAUUUUGACAAGUGACGUCAGCUGCAUCUUGCCAAAAUUUAGAAACACAUUUUGGCUUACUACCUCAAGAAUAUCUCAUUACAAAAACGCUUAGUCGCAUUGAAUACUGAUAAUUAAAAGAGAAAUACAUGAUCUGGUCGCAGCGAUUACGUGACGAUGAGAAGUCUUGAAACGACUUUGUGGUUGCUGAAAUUCAAAAUAUCAAAUAGUUGCGAUCAUGUUUUAUCUUCAGAUUGGUAUUCCACCUGCAGUAAAAAAGUCACUCGUUCAAAGAGCAAGAGAAAAAAUUCGCCUAUAUUUUAAUUUCUUGGAUUAAGUUUUGUACUCACCGGUAUUCUAGUUCGGGCCUCAUUUUGGCCGGUUUCAUCGAGUAUCCAAACAUGCCACUCGUUUCUGUUUCAAAUUCUCACCAGAAGAUUUGGCUAUGCCUGUUUUGAAUGUUCUUUCUGAUGAAUAAUCUCAGAGGCAAUAAUUGAACGACCGAAGGCGAAAAAUGAUAAGAAACAAAGCAAGUGUUCUGAGAAUCAGAGAAAAGUCAACAGAGAUUAGGCCCACUUCCUCAUAAGAGAAUGCAGAUCAUCAUUUCUUAGGAAAUAAUUUGAGAAAGUUUUCUGUUAAACGCAACAUCGCCAUCACAUGAACCGUUUAUUCAUUGUAUUGUUAUUUUUAUUGGAAGGUAGGCAUCCCAAGAAAUAUAAGUCGAAGUCGAAUGUGUGCUUUGGGAAAGGAAGUUUAUUGUGCAAAUUUUCGACGCCGGUUCCCCGAGUCGUCGUCAGGCACAGACGGAAAGCAAAUGCCUAUUUGGUGGACAAACUAAUUUGUUUAGUAGGUUAUAUUCCUAAUUUUGCUGCCAUUCAUAACACUUAAGACUAAUAGUAUGUCGUCCACAUUCCUUAAAACAAGGAAUGCGCGAUUGCAACCCCGAAAUCCCUAUCUAGAAAACAGGAUUCACUAGCACCAGUAAGUUUUGAGACUUUCUUUCGCAUGGUUUCUGUCUCCAUAAAAUUGUCAAAGAAGAUAUGUAAGAAAGUAUCGAGAGUGUAGUUCAGAACGCACAGUGUAACCGAGAAAAAAUGAGUAAACAUGCAAUGAAGAAAGAAAAUGGCGAUAGGGUACAAAUGGGCAUAAAAAUUAAAGGACUAGGGAUUUCCAAGUUAAAACCAAGUUUACAACAUGAUCUAGCUAUUAACAUGAGUCCGGUUUUACGUUCGAACAUUGGCUGCCUGCAAAUACCACAGUGUCCAAGCUGUCCAUAAACAAUCAAGGACUCGGGCAGUUACUUUCGAGUCAGGCGAGUGUCCACUGACCACCAGGUGCUGCUUAGUAAAAGAGCGGAAUACCUUCUUUUCUAACAUCGAGAACCCUAUUAGGCAAAUGGCCACCUGAUUUGACUGCCAGUACGUUCCUUCGGGGUGCUUGCAUCCACAUAAGACUGUGAAUUCGUAAAUACAAUUUGAAGGGACGUACGCGGAUAAGGCACCCGGAUAAACAAUGGAAAGAAAUAGAACUAAAGCGUUUGAAGGUUUAGUCUGAGAAAUGACAAUUACACUUCUUGCAAAAAUGAUUGGUGAUGGAAUCACAUUAUCGUUAGAACCACAACACACAUACUCCUAGGCCAUAUGGAUUACCAAGAUAUCUUAGGAUGGUCCUGCCUUCAUGACAUUUACGUCAGUGGUUAAUUCUACUCCGCAUAAGCUAUCAUUGUGACUUAUCAGGGAACUAGAACCAAUGAUAAGGAAACCUGCGAACUGGAAGACGCUUUUUAUUUAAUCGAAGAAGGGGAAGACCCUUUCAUGAGAAAUAUGAAGAGCUCGCCGGAUCAGUGGAAUUAAGUUACUGUCGUUUCAGAGGACUUGGCCGGCUCUCCAUUAUCGGAACAUUUUAUGCAAAAAUCGACCAGAAUUUUGAACAAGCGGCCGAAUUAAUUGGCCUUGGACCAAUCGAUUUUUUCUUCUUUCACAGCCUUGGCCCUCUGGCAGUUGUCUGUGAAUGUAGGCGGUUUCCUGGGUGGCGUUUCGUCAUCCCAAUGGGGGCCGGUUGCCACUGUGCUCCCCAUUCGGGUGGAUUGGUCGGCGGGACGUGUUUGCUCGGUAGUUUUAAGCUUCCUGCGACCGUGUCGUUCUGGUUGUGGCGUACGUAAUGACGUAGGACUUUAUAGGCCGCAGGGAGGUCUGGAUGCUUGUUGACGGAGUUAGCAUCUGAGUACUAAGCCUCCAGUGUGAGACGUUCUGUUUUUGAGGUGCUCCGGCUUAAGACGUUUGCUCCUCGAAAGUCAAAACUGUGAUCAUUUUCUCCGAUGUGAGUUGCAAGCUGUGAGCUCGGGCCUAGUCUCCGAGUUGUCAGUUUGUGCUCAUGCAAGCGGGUCUGCAAUUUCCGUUCGGUUUCCCCAGCGUAAUUGCAGUCUCCAUCGUUACAACGUAUAUGAUAGACAACUACUGAAGUUUCAAUGGGUGGCAGCAUGCCUUUGGGUUGCUUAAAGCGGUGACGAAUUGCUGCCUGGGGACGAUGGACAAUGCCUACCCUAAUGGGUUGUAACAGUCGUGAAACCGCCUCGAAGACUCCUUUAAUGUAAGGAAUAGCCCUCCAGACCUCGGGUUUUUCUUCUUGUGGCCGUCGUCCGUUCACUCGGCGCUUGGUUUGCUUGAUGAAGUAGCCGGGGUAUCCAUUGGCUCAAAAGAGGUCAUGAAAGUAUUGUCGUUCAACUCUUUUGUCGGCUGGUGUGCUGCAAUGUGUUUCAAAUCUUUGAAAUGGGGUACGGACACAGCUGCGUUUGUGAUAGAGUGGAUAAUUGCUGUCGACGUGUGGUAUUUGUCUUGUGUUGGUAGCUUUCCUGUAAACAGCAGUUUGCAGUUGCUCAUUUGCACAUCGGCGCACAAGGACAUUCAGGAAGGGCAGUUGGCCGUCAGGUUCGGCUUCCAUUGUAAAUUGGAUAUUCGAGUUGACCGGGUACAAUAAGUCCUAAAGGUACUCCACGUCAGAUAAUUUGACGAUGGCAAAAGUGUCAUCGACGUAACGAGCCCCGAACUUUGGUUGAUACUUGGUGAACACCAAGUGUUCUUUUCGUUAAAGGACCACUUCAGCAAUCAGCCCCAUAUAGGAGGGCCAAUGGGUGUGCCUUCAAUUUGUUCAUACAUUUGUCCACCAAAGGUGAAGUGUGUUUUUAGGCAAUGCCGUAAGAGCUCGGUCAGAUGUUCGGACUUCAGGGGAUUGUUCUUCUUGUCGUAGCGUCAGUUGGCCUUACGGUGAAGGAUACUCUGACCUCGCAAAGUUAAAGUUAAACGUCUCAGGACUUUUCUAAGACUGGUCUCUCUACGUAGACAGAUGUUUCAGAACGUUGUGCUAGAAUCUUCAGGCGUUGAAAAUAUAACUCGGCCAGGCCAACUGUUGUACUUCUCUCCAGAAAUUAUCUGAUUUUUCGUCAGCUGCAGAAAUCGUGGCAUUUACACAAACACUUGGCAAAGAUGCAUUUUUCUCUAUCACCAACUUACAGUGCCGCGAAGGCAGUAAAUGUCUGGAUUGAAACUUACGCCGGGGGAGGAAUUUCCAAAUUCCCGAUUACCUGUACGCUUUCAGUUAGCAUUGACGAUGCGUACAAGUGGUAUUUUGAAGUGCCGUAGAGAAUAAAGUUCGGAGAUUGUCCUCUCUACACACAUACUCACACAUGCACACCUAAAAAAGUCGUUAAGACAAUGUCAAGCCUUAUCCUGCAAAUCUACUACGCCGGUUCCUCAUGCAAACCUACAGAAGUGCUAACUGUUUAAGCGUGCUUAAAGAAUAAUACUUGUCUGGGGUUUGAGCCAAGGCAGCACAUCCUUUGAAUUGACCAAUCUCUCUUCCUUUUCCGUUGCAACCUUUGUAUGUGCCAUGAAACUCGGUAUGCCGAGUGCAUGACUCAUCAAAGUGUAUGGUCGCGAUGCAUUCCCAAUUUUUCUUGACUGGGCAGGCGCCAACAAGGCGAGUUUUGCCCUCCUAUCCAGGUGUUCAGUGGUGCUUGGAACAGAUGCUCUCGUCCAUUUACUUCCAGUUUGCCCGUGUGUAGAAGCAUAUUUUUUUAGUUUGAGCACAAUGUACCCAAUCGUAGGAGGUCACGUUCUUGACGAAGUAGUCAUCCCUAUGCUUAGGAUACUCAUGCUGGGUUCAGUCCAGUUCAGUUCAGUUUAUUUGAGGGAAAUAUAGGUGUUGAACCUUUGAACUCCCUAUUUGUUACAAGGAAGCGAACUAUAUCAAAAAGUUGAAAUGGAAACAUCAAACAGCUACAGAGUGUCUUCAGAUUGGUAAAGUGUUCGAGCCAGACAGAUAAACGAAUUGUUCCAAGAGUUAAAAACAUUAACGUUACUAAGUGUGCUGUACAGCAGUCAUUGGUUUGUUCGCCACUUGUAUUUGCUGCUUCCUCGGGUAUCUUUCAAUGAGUUCAUAUGCAUUUUUGUUUUAAAAAGGGGUUAGCCAUAUCGCUGAUUGAGGUAAUGUAAUUCCUCCUCCGUUGAGUCUUGUUGCUUCAUGCGCAGAAGUGCAAAAUCUUUGGGGUAUCCAUUCUGUGAGAUAAUCUGAACAAGUAACAGCCUAAUUCAACAGAUUCUCUUGUCGAAGUCUUAUGUUUUUGUCUGUUUAAGGAAGUUGUUGAUAGUUCUGCGUGUUCGACAGGUAGGGUGGUUUAUCUCAUAAUGCAGCAUGAGUUUCGCACUAGAUCCUCCUUGGCGAACUAAGGGGGGUAAUGUUCCAUCAGUCUUUUAAUGUACGAAGAUGUCCACAUAUGAAUAUUUAUUUAUCAUCCUCAUUUGAUGCAAAUAUUGAAUUGAUGAUAUUGUGAUGUUUUCCAGUCGACCCUUGCUUGGGACAACAAGAAUAUCAUAUACUUAGCACAGUCACAACUUACAGUAAACUUAUGAAAUACCUGUAACUUCUUAUUUUUCAUUAUGACCGCGGCAAAAUGCCAGAGCUAGGUCGCCUUGUAGGCGCUCUCUUCGGUUGAUGAUUACAUUCUUGAACGAAUUAAAAAUUUGUUUAUGAACAACCAGAUUUGUUGAAGGAGCGUACGUGUCAUAAAACUAGAAGAGUUCGUCUGUUCAUCGUUUUUCCAAACUUGGAGAUGUGGACGCAAACAAAGAGGUGACCUCGAGCGGCGUCAUUUCAUCGGCUGCGAUUGUGAUUCUUCGUAAUUUGUCCUGAAACUUUAUUGCUUUUUCAUUUUAAUUUCCGCAAUUGCUUGUAAGUGGGUGGUUUUGGUAGAACGAUCGCUUAGGCAAAUGAGCUAUUUUUAUCUUUCCAAGGCCAUUAUGUAGCCUCAGUUUAUAGUUCCUGCAAUGCAUAUCCGUGAAGUACGGACGUAAAGUUUUGCUUUAGCCGGCCGAUGGGAAAAUACGCUGUUUACGAAGAUCCAAACGCGAUAGCACUUAUCCUUUUUGCGCAGAUGUUCAAAUCUCUCAGAGUGAAACCUGCCAUAAGAUCUACCCUAGGAUGUUCAACUGUCUCUCAUUACGGGCAAAAAUGUUGAAAACGCUCACAACUGAUGUCCUCUCUUAGAUUAGAUCAUUUGAAUAAAACGUAAUAGGUCACGAAACGAGUAUAGGAUAUGAUGCCUAAGUACAAGUUUUUUAUAAAGCAUAUUUUUAUUUCUAAAAGAAUCCAAAAUCGGCGAGAAGGUUACUGCUACUCUCAGUAACUAUUUUUCAGCGAGCGUGGUGUUUGCAGAUGACUGAAAGGUUCGCUUCCAGGGGCUGGAGUCCUCGCGUGACUGCAGUAUCAUGCGAUUAUGCUGUAUGGCAAUCAAUAUUGCUGUUUCAAUAAAUAUUCCUUUUCAAACGAAAUCCUGGUUAGACACCAGCUUAUUUUUCAAUCGCUCGUUCACCUACUGUACAUCAGAAAAAUACGUGCCCGAAUUUGUAGUAAAUACCGAAUUCGAAAGUAGGAUGCAGUGAAUGUCAAACGGAACUCUAGCGGUUGUGGUAACACUCACUUGUAACCUGAAUAUUAGGUGAUCAUUCCGCAGAAAUUGCCUGUCUUUGACUCAUGUUUAUUACGUUCUCAGAGCUGACCUUAAGAAUCAUGUCAUGGUCGCAUAAUCUUCAAGCUUUGUUUAUAAAAUUUUAGGCAAUUAAUGAUGGCAAACAUAAAGCAUGAAUAAGAAUGAAGGCAGAAUUUACUGGAAUGAGACAAAUUUGCAACGUUUCUUUAGCUAUCACUUGGCACUCCAUAAUUCAAAUACCGAGGGUGAAAAAUUGUCAGAUUAUGAUCAUCUCAGGCAAGAUUAGGUGUCGGGAUUCAAUUCAUAAUGCUUGAAGGGUAAGUAAACUUCUGGACGGGUAAGCGAAACAUACAGAACUUGUUUCGCAGUUCACACGAGUCAACAAGGUAAAAAGUGAGGAAUAUAAAAGGUAUGCGAAAUGACUGGGACAAGACCAGUCUGUCGACCUGGUUUAUGCUGUGUGCCCAAAUCCUACUUAUUCCGCGGAAUAAAAACCGCCACCGAUUCACACAGAGUCCAAUCUGUUAGGACGUGACCGAAGUCUUGAAAGAAUAAUUUUAGGCCAGCGGAGGAGUAGUUACGAGAAGCAUAGCUUUAUUUUCUGACCAGAGAAGCCAUUUUGGAAGUCCACAGAGGAUUCGGUGGCAUAUUGCAUUCGGCCUCGUCCAAUGCACAUGUAUCUAAAAUUGAACGUGAAUUCAUACACAUGCGUUACAGUGACCUGUACGGACAUAACACCCUUGCGUGACCUCCGUGCGGCUGGAAUAUAGAUGACAGACUGUAUUGUCUUUUUCCAUUGCAUAAAAUUGUCUACAAUUAAUGGUUUUGUAAAUAUUGUUGCUCCUUAAACGCAGCGGUUUUACGACGAGCCUGCUUAAAAGUGAUCAUUCCACCAGUUUUUGUCUUAGAGGACUACUGUACUUUUUAAUAACGUUGUCGCCAUAGCGACAUUUUAUGGGACCGUUUUGAACUAGCAAAGUUUUGACUUGUUUUUCUUUGUACCGGGAUUAAACUUAGGAGUCUAAUUUACUGACUAUCAUUUGAUCUACCCAUUCUUCUCUCGAAACAUAAAGAACUUCAGUAACGUUAAGUGUUUGUCUUUCUCCGCUCCCGUUGUGAAAUCGAUUAUUUACGCCACUUACUUAUUGUGGAGAGAUGGUCAUUGCCAUUACUUUCAUUAUUGACGUCAGCAAAUACGUCACUAGCAGACCGCUCACCCAACAUUGACUGACUACGUUUUUUGGUCUCUUAUAAUUUUUGUGAUCUUAAAUUUCUCCAUUCCCAUCCUGAUAACUUUGAGUUUCGCAAUAGGAUAUGUCAGCUUGGAAUCCCUCGUAAUGAAAGAAUAGCAGAUUUUAAACUUUUUAAAUGUCAAUGACAGGUAGUGGCUGCAGAACCUCUGCGAACUGUGUUAAUAUAGGUAAACACGGCCUUUAUUCCAAUGUAGGUCAACGGGACCGGACACAAAUCCCUUUCGUCACACAAAUAUGAUGCGCUCACUUAUUAGUUUAGUAUUCAUAUGUGUAGUUCAUAGUCUAGAGGCACAGGGCAGUUUGAUCUUCAAUUCCGACUAUGUCCAUCGUGUGUACCACAGUAGGGUGUGAGCAGGGAGGUAACUUGGUCGUAAAAUAGUUCCUGUUGAUAGAAGACUUGUGUUGCAUCUACCACAUUUUCUCUUUCUGACGUCCCUGGACCCGAUGUCAAAAAGCGUCAAGAAGACCGGAGGGGCUGAGGAUGGAGGUGCGUCGCGCAGUGGAAAUCAACAUCUAGACAUGCCACCAAACCCCCUGGUAUACUCAAAAGCAACCAUGUUUUGACACAACAAGAACAGCUUUAAGCGCACUGUGAUAGUGACAAGCGCGUCAAACUGUUUACACUGAGGAAUAUGCACUGAGAGCCGACCUCAUUCUCUCUUCCCUUUACGUUUCACCGCUCGAUUGUCCUAUCCGGUCACCCAACUGAUGUUGAGAUUGUGAAAAGUGACUGGCAUAGUUAAGUAAGGUAUGUCAGCGUUUGUCACACGCAACCUGGCCUCCCUGCCAGAUCUCACAUAUGCUAGAGUGCCAUGGAGACCACAUGGAGGAGUCAAAGAAUACGCUUUCCGUUUACGCUAGAUGCGCCGACUCCAUGCUCAGAGUUGGUGAUGCUGGACGUGCUCGUGUGUGGCGUAUCUGCUGGUGAAUAGAGGGGUUGUGACGUGGUCUAGCCGGUAGAGUUUUAUCGCAGGUUUUCAUGGAUAUACAUAGGGCCGAGUAGACUCAUGUAGUGACUGAGCAUGGGUCGGCAGUGCGGGAGGUUGAGACGAAGGCGUCGGGGUAAGAUGUGGUUAUGUAGCCGCACCCGAUGGACACAAUACUGUCGACCGACUUAAUUAUUUUGAGUUGGUGUGACUACGUUGGCAUGGUGUUGCUGUGCGUUGCGGUGUGUGUUCUGUUGGCGGCCUUGUUUCUUGGUUGCCGUGUCUACAUUUUUCGGUUCAAUGCUGGUGGUCCUUCUGGACCUUCGACCUGUCGUCUCCUUUUAGCUUUCGCGUUGGAUGUUUCAUGGUUAAGGUUAGGGUUGGAGUUAGGGGUGAGGGCUAGGGCUUAGGUUAGGGCAACUAUUCCUCAACCACUCAAACCAAUAGCUUUUCUUUCGCAUACAAUUACUUGACUUCGACGCUUAUGCUUUCCCGAUCCCCAAUUGUAGAAACCCCUAUUUCUACAAGUCUCGUACUACAGGUGGCUAGGAUUUUUUUUACCUCAGGUGCAGCUACAUAAACAUGUUUGACCGGCGUCGGAUGUAGAUAGGUGCUCCAGGCACUGGUUCGCCUUUCUAUGUGCGAUGGAUUCGCAAAUGACCGUCCGUAACGAUAUGCGAUGUGCAUGAGCAGUGGUAAUGUGGGCAGGGUCUGUUCAGAGAUUCUGAACCGGUUGAAGUCAUGUUGUUGCUAGUGGCGGCCGGUUUGUCGGAUGGGAAGUAGUCAGUGCUUGGAAUGGAAGCGUUUUCGGUUGUGCAAGGUGUGCUUGACGCGGCGAUAUUACGGUGUCUACGAAACAUCAUUAACAUUUAUAUUUAUGACAGGGAUAAACAUUUGGGUUACGGUGUUUGCAUGAUUCCGUCGUCUAUGCCUUUCACAACCCUUCUAAUGUUAUUCGCCCUGACGCUCUCUUCGCAAUGGAGAUGGGCAACAGGUAGCGGCUACGUUUUCUUAACCGUCUAGUGCGCCGAAAGGUCAGAGGUAUUUCUGAAGACGAUCAGGUACAUUAACUGACGACUGAUGGUCAUUCAUCGCCCUAGUUAAAAGUCUGAGCACGUCCAUCCCGUUGUGCCUUGGAGGUCAGUCUAAAACCAUCUCGGGCGCUCACGUUGCGCCCAAUAAUAAUGCAGAAUGAAUACUGACAAAGACCGGGGAGUCUGUGAUGUCAAUUUUUGGCUUUUCGUCGUUUUCUGCCAAUUGUACCCGCUGCAAUCGAAAGGCACUUGGUCUGUGGCACGAUGACAGGUCAUUGGAUUUCACGCUCAAUGACUGAAUAAUCCGGAUUCGAAUCUUAGGUUAUCCUAAUUUGAGGUUAUUUAUGCCUGACUGAAAACGCCUAAAAAGGUAAAAAUGAUAAUCUGACUUUUCUAUGCUUCUGUUGGUACUUAUUCCUUACUUAGUCUGGUUUCAACGCGACUGCCUGCACUAGCUCUAGUUUGGGCUUUAACGGACAACAGGCAAUCGUGUUCGGUAUCGUAAUCAGAACGGUAAGUGAAUUUCCAACGCGAGUUCGUAAAGGUUUACUGUUUUGACGCCUGCAUGUUUGAAAAGCAGUCCCUUUUAAAACCUUCAGGGAAAGGUUGUCUGUGUUUCUGGCAGACCUAUUUAAAAAAGUCUUGAUUUUUUUGUUACCUUAGGUUCUUCAAACCCUGCUUCUCCGAUACUCCCUGUUGGGAGACUCUGCUACCUCCUUUUAUACUGAUUUCAUGCUGGGUCGUGUCCAGCCGAAUUCGGCCUCCACUGAUCGACCGCUUCCAAUGGCCAGUAUCGUCUCUCAAUUCAUUAUACCGAGGGCUCCCACACGCAAACUGCGAGACCGAAAAAAGGGUAAGCUUUUUAGCCGUUGCUGCUGAAAGUGAUGCUAUUGACCUCUCCUCAGACAGAAAGCCUCAUUGUAUAGCACGCAUGUUAUGAUACUUGACAGCUGUUACAGGAAUCUACAGGAGUCCGCGACAAAAAUCUCUACUAUUGAGCGUGUUAUCCACCUUGCGUAUUUCACGCUUGGGCCUCGAGUUUCUGGCGUGUUAAGUACUGCCCACUCAGGUUAUGGAGAUGUCAUUCCUAGAAGUUCAUUUCGCUUGGGAGCAUUACACACUAACGAAUUAUUUGUCUUCGAAGGGAUAUGGAUAUUGUUGAUUCCAGCCAGUCGUUGAGAAAAAAAGUCAAGAGAUCAGUACAAGCAAUAGUUUUCAUAGUAAAUUAAAAGAAACGUUCACCGGGAGGGCUUCAUUUUUAAUCUGACUUUUCAGGUAGCGAUUCCGCCAACAGAUUUUCAGAGGUUUGAGGGUCACAUACACAGCUACCAGUACAUGAUACGUGGGAUGCAUAUGUAGUGUACCUAACGAGUGUUUCGCCAGUGCCAUUUGCGGACGUGGACUGAAUUCCUACAUAGCCGUGGUCCGUGUCGACUUUUCCCUCGUUGACCGUGGCGACAAUUGCCGGCCUUCAAGAUCUUCUAUUCUGUUGCUUACCAAAGCCAGGUAGGGGCGCAAGCUAUUUUAUGGAGCGGUCGUACGAGCAGUCUGAGGACACUCAGUCUUUUGCCUCCAGCUUGGCGUGUAAUCAUCACCUCAGUCCCCCGACCUCAGCUGCUUCACAGGUGAAAAUAUGUCCUCUUAGCGUAGCAGGUUCCAACACCUCGGAUUUUGAACGCCUACGUCUUCACAGCUGUACACAGCUUUCUCUAACCAAACGUGCACAAAAUGCGGCAGAUAACGACUACAUUCUACAUUGGGACGGCGUUCUCUGGUCAUAAUCUGUAGGCGCGGCUUUAAGUCGGGUCUGAGAGCAAUUUUUAGUCCAAGUGGUAUUGAAGAGCAAGCCACGGUCUCGGAGAUGCCUUUCGGGCAGGGUGGUUCGCCAUUAUCUUAGUUGGUUGGAUUUCAUUAUCGCGUUCCUUUGGAACAUUACACCCUUCUCAACUAAUACCUGUGGUCAUCCGUUGUUUCUGUAAAUCUAACCGUGGGAACUGACAUAUUCCAGUGAAUUUUCACUCCCUUGCAGUGCUAGAUUAUUGUGCUUAGUCAAUGUCUUCAGCAUCUAUGGGGGUCCCCUAUAGUACUGUUGUCGACAGAUUGCCGUCAGAUUGACGGCAUGCGAGAACAUCUAGGGAUGGCAGUCUGUCCUCCACUCCCUUCUUCAUCAGAUUCAGAAUGAUUGACCCUGUUUAUUUGGUUUAUUUUCAAAUCCUGACCUAGACAAUUUUGAUGAGUGCAGUCUGCGGGUGCGCCGAGAAGUGAGUUUAUGUAUGGCUCGAACACUCCUCUUUUGAAAUUACUGGAGGGAUAUCCCAACGAUAUGUUCGGAAGUUGGCGGAUCCGACGUGAUACAUGCAAGAUUUCAUCGAAAGCUAAUAACGUUCUGAUGCAGUGUCCCACGGGCCAUCUGAGAGUCUGAUCGCUCACUAAUUCGGUAAAUGCCUUCAAGAACAUUCUUAUUUUAAAGUUCUCAACAGACAGGUAAUUCAGAAUCUGUCUUUAUGGGCAAUCGGACGGAAACACUGAAAAUCAUGAAGUAUUCAGCAAUAUUUCGAGGCCGAUCUGAAGCUCAUCUUAAUCGAAAACGAAAGAAAAGUAUAAAGUAAUUUAACGGAAGAAAUGUUUUCUUUAUAAACACAAAAUGGUAUGUUUACGAUCACGCCUGUCAGUUCUAUUUAAAUUUAUUAGUAAUCGGCCGGCUUCAUGGCAUGUCGCCUUAUGAAAACUUUUGAUCCUACGACGUCCCCAUCGGGGAAAUCAAGCAAAAGCCAGCUUCUCUUGUUGAACCGCAUUUCAUUUAACUCCAAAUACUCAAGGAAAUUAUGAAACACAGGAAAACUGUUUUGAAAUCUACACUCAGCAUGUAGGCAGUUGACAAACCGUCAUAUAUGAAGCCGCACUACUUAUUAAACGAUAUUUAGAUGUAAACUUCACCAAAACACUGUUUUUAGACGUUAUUUUUAUUUCUAAUCUCAUAUUUACUACGUGUUUGGUAUGAGAAUACAUUCUAUACAUCUAAAAAAGAACUUUACUUAAUCAGAGCCAUUUCUGUCGUUUUCGGGAUAUUGCGCUUUUUAAAGUAAAUCGAAAUUUCUAAACAGCGCAACACUGCCUAUAGUAUUUUAUUUUUUUAAAUUCUUUUAAGCUUGUACUUAAUUAACAUAGACAUUUGACUCAUUAAAUGGUGUCAGUUUGCGAGUUAUUGGCAAUCAUUCGUAAAUUUCGACACAUUUCAUGAGUUAGAUCACUAACUGUAAGUUACGUGGUCGCCGUUCUCAUUGUGUUUUCGACUGUGGAUGCCUGUGUUAUGAAAGGGAAUUGUGGACUGGCAUCAAAUGAUAUCACUCCUUACUUGGUUCGUUUACCAAUGGCCUCACUGAACGAACUGUUGUUUGCGAGCCCAUCGUUGAAAACCUUGGCUUCGCGAACAACCAGUUUUCAAACUCGUAUGUGGGCGUCCCUCGGGAUGAGGCAAGCUGCUAGAAAUUGCAUCUGACUUAGGCUUUUUUGGAAGGCUAUAUAAUUGCGUCAUACUUACUUUUCUGGACUUUGUUAUGUCAGUUUGUGGUGUUAUAGACGUUGGUUUUCUCCAAUUGGGUCGGGUUUCUAUUUACCUUCACGAUUAACGACUUGAAAGUGCAGUAAUUGUCUUGCACCAAGAAAGUGGCGGCGAACACAACAAAACCAAACGGUGACCGGUUUCUCACCCGUACUCAGCUUUGGCAAUCCGCGUGGCAGGCACGUUGGGCAUGCAACCCAUCGCCAUGCAAUGAGAACUGUGCACAGGACUUUCGAAGUUCCUAAGUUGUGUGGCCGAGAUCGUUAGCUUAAAACGCCAAAACACACAAACGGUUCAUUCCGUCAUUGUCUUUCCUUCUGUUUACCUAUUUUCACGUGUUGUCCGACAGUUACAUGUAAACUGCUACUGGCUUGAAUUCGUUUCAUGUCAUUUUCACCUUUCGCCCUUACGCGAUAGGAUUAAACAGUAAAAAUGGAGUUCAAAAAUCUGAUUUUAAACACAAAUUAUAAACCAGUAACUACAAGUAGAGUCUUUCGCCUCAACAAACGACCACCGUCUUAAUUGGGUUGCUUGUUGAUCAGUCGACCGAUAAAGUGUUUUGGUUGUCUGCGAAACGGUAUAUGCGAACAUGCCUAACGAGACUAACCUUGACCAUAUAAGUGCGUUAAUGGUUUAAAGAGAUCGCUGUUCUGUUGUGUCUUUUGGCGCGGUUUUUGUUGUUGUUGUUGUAAAGCAGCAGACAGUAUGACUGCUUCACACCUGGAUAGACGUCGGACAAGUAAGAUAUGUCAAGAAUGGCGUUGCGUUAGAUGGCGGAGCGACUUCCGUAGUUCUUAGGUGUAGAAUGCUUAGACUCGGAUUUCGGGGUCUGUGUCGAAUGUCAGAGCCACCUCCCGCAAGGCUUGGCAGCCGGACUGACUUAUUCGUUGGAGACUGGAGAGUUGUCAAAAGUGGUGGUACAGUUGGUCGACGAAGAAGUCCUGGAAGUUAUGUACAGGCGACCUGAAAGUAUGAACCAGCGGUGUCGAUGCACGGGGCGAGGGUUCGCACUUCCGCCAUGUGGGGAUCUGCCCAUCGACAAUCACGAGUAAUUAUGGGCUAGUGACAAAUUUGCAUUCCAGAUCUCUACUAAAGAGACCCAAGCGAAUUCUUUCGCUAAUAUUUCCUGUGAAUACUCUUCAUUUCACCAUUAAAAAUAAGGAAUAAUAUCUACAGCUUCUGACUAGAACGGUAGUCCUGAGGGAGAGAAGCAGUGAGUAAGCUAAGUAACAAUAUAUUAAUAACGUCCAUAUGAUUCUCGUAACUAUUGUCUUUCUAGUCAUAUUUUAUGAAAAGUCAAUUCCGUCGAAAUUUUAGUUUCUUUCAUAAAGCGACUACCCAAAUUCUAAUACUCUGGGCAGGCCGUCGUAGGACUAUUCGAGACUAGCCCUUCAGACAUUUCUGUUCCCGUUGGUUCUUGCUGGUCGUGGACGCGUGGGUCGCGUUCAAGGAAUGUAUUGAAUUUGCGUCGUCUAGUUCUGCCGCAACCAAAAGACCGUAGUAUAGCAUUUUCGAUCUGUGCUCAUCCAUGAUGAUGGUAUCUCUGAAGCGUUAUUUUAUAAAGCUCACUAGAUGUCAUCCUUGCGGUUUACUUUUGGGAUCAAAAUCGGCUAAAUCGCAGUUGGUAGCCAGGAAUGGGGAAGGGGACGGUGACCUUAGCUCUAAUCCUAACCUUAACGCUAACCCUAGCCUCGACCUUGAACGUUAACCGUUAACCCUAACGCCAACCCUAACCGAACUCGUAAACGGAACCGUAGCCCUUAGACAUAUCCGUAACUGAAAAACCUAAUCGUAAUACUGAAACCUACUCGUACGUUCAAACCCUAACUGUAACCCAAAAACCUAAGCCCCAAAACAUAACUCUAACCCAAAAAUCGGGAACAAUUAACCGGUGCCCUAAUGCUAACCUCAGACGUAAAACGGAAGCCAAACGGUUCAGAUGUUGUUAUGGGGCCCCACAAAAUGAUCACAGUAAGCAAAUCCCCCAGACACCUGUAAUACGAGGCCUGGCUACCAACUGCGAUCUAGCCCCAAAAUCACUUUUUAUUUCUUACUUGCAUUUGUUUUAUAGAAUUGCAUCGUCUGUCUUUGAAGGCCCCAAGUGGCCGCCUAGUGUUCCUUUUGAGUUUGCCAGUUCAAACUCCAUGUGUCUGAUUAUAAAGCGAAAAUGUCCAUUAGUUUUUCAUAUUGCGUAGCAUUAUAAUUAUUGUCUGUAAAAGGGAUUUUAGUGUCAAUAUUAAUAAAUCAUUAAGGCAUUUAUACCAGUCUGCUGAAUAACCAUUCGCAUCUUAGUGCAUAUUUCACUGGUUAAUAAGGGAGAUUCGUCAGACCGAUAGCCUGCGGGAGGUGAAAGCAAUAAUUUCGAAAACUUAGCCAGUCUGUAAAAAAACUUCUGUAGCUGCUUGAUGUUUCCAUCUUUAAAUUUUUGAUAUAAUUCACUUCCUUGUAACAACCAGGGCAUUCAAAGUUUCAACACCUAUGUUUCCCUCAAAUAACUUGAAAAUGAAAGUUAAUAUGAUGGAAAAUGUCUCAUCGCCCCACUUCUUUGAUACCCUCUUCUUAAGGACUUGAUUUUGUAAUAUAAUCGAAACUCCACCAUGUACGUGUCAUUUCUUUUGGAAAGGGACGUGUGUCGGAAUGAGAGAUCACAAGUUUAAAGUCAAUGAGGGUGGUCGCCCUAGUUGCCUCGAUGAUUCCGGUGUUCAGCGAGGCACCUCUACGCUAGGAUCUGAUCACUGCUAUUCAAGUCUCACUCACUUUUUAUCUCCAAUAAGUGGACACAGUCAAGUGACACUGGUAGAACUCAUACAAAGUUGGUGUUCCCGACAACGAUGGAUGAGAGGUAGAGACACGGCACCAGUGUGGAACACGGUACGCUCGAGCCUACCUCGUCGAGCACAUUAUCUGGCUGUGUUCGUUCAUAUUCUCCAUUGAUUGCCUGAAAGAAUUUUAAAAUAUUUAGUCACGAAAUAUUCCAGUGUGCGACGUUUUCUCGAAGACAACUGUACAUAAAAAGCGGACACAAAUAGCUAUUUCGACUGUUCGAACCUAAUGCAUGACCUUGAAUUGGGGGAAGUUGGAACGGAAAGAAGGCGUUUUGCUGACAAAACAGCUCAGGCCGUGGUGGACUUUUUAAACUUAUUUAUUUAUUUAUUCUUCAGUCAUAUCCACCCUAAAACCCUAGAUCGACAAGACCCUUCACCCAGAUCUGGACCGUUAGAUCAUGGGCCAUUAAGGUAAACGCUUUCCCACUGUGCCCUGACCUCGCCGCUCUGUUAUCUCGGACUGAUGAGCUGUUCGUUGAUUGAAGCUUCAAUGGUUCAUUACUGCAGCCGCCUCACCUAAUUUUUCACCGUUCUUGGCACGUUUCUGCCACUGAUUGAAGUGACUUUUGCCGUUAGAGACAAAUGGAUUUGGACAACAGGUCACUUGAGGGCACAAAUGGAUGGAUGACAUCGCAUCUGGUGUCGGAGACUAUUUUCGCAGAUAUUUUAGAGGAGGCAGUAGUCGGAACAGCUAUACCUGUUGUGAACUUGUAAGUGCUACGUUUUCGUAGCAGUAAAACUGUGAGUGUAUUGAUUCAAAGGUGUUUCAAACAUUCUAAGAGGUUUUACAAGUCUUUUCUGAUCUUUUGAUUGCAUCUUCUCUUACGUAAUUUUGAGCCGUCCCGCAGUUUUUGUUAGCUCUACACCAUAGGGCCUUGCGUCUAUAAAGAACUGAGAGUAUGAAAAAAAUUCAUUGUGGCCCAACUGCAAAGUAUGAGAAUGCACCCUUCAGCAUAUGUCUUUGGGAACCUUGUCGCAUUCCUGAACAAGUUUUGGUCGUUUGACAAUUGGGCUGGUGGUGUUUGGACUUUUCUUUUUCCUUCAAGGGUCUUGUCACUUUGGUACCAAAGCUCUAACUGGUUUUAGAAGAUUUUCAAGGCAAGUCCUUCGUAUGCUUUGAAAAGUUGAAGGUAUCAAAAUAUAUUUUCGACUGGUAUUCGUAAACGUUCUGCAGGACGGUAAUCCUGCCAAAAUGCUCCAAAUCUCUGAAUUAAGCCCGCCACAUGCAUUUAGUCCGUAAGGACUAGGAAGACGAAAGCUAUGUAUCCGCAUUUAAUUGGCCAAUAAAGAUCAACCAGAUUCAAAGUUAGACGGAAGUUCGAGACACAGGGUUAAAUUUUCGUAAAUUUUAGGGUCCUUCGUGAUGCAUGAUCACACAGUCAAGCAUCUGCUGCCGGUAUUACGCCGAUCAGCCAGGUCUAAGCAACUAAUGACGGGGACAUCGAAGCCCUUAUCAACGCAACGAUAGAACAACUCAAAAAUGCAUGCGUGUUUCUGUUUUGUUCUUUUAUACUUCAGAUUUGGACAAAGGAAAGAUCGGAUAUUUGCUACAAGUGUUCGAGAUAUACUCUUGUUUUCCUUUUCAAAACAUCAUCCGUUCUAAACUUUUUCGUAGCCUGUAACGCUUGACCAGUAAGUAACCACUCGCUUAACUAUCCCACCGCAACACUCACAUGGAAGUGGUUGCUACACCUGGCUAGAAACCGCUGGAUGCCGACAGUCACUUAGAACGAUCGAGAUGCAAAAAUGAUCCUCAUGCCGUCGUGAUACCUGUGCUACUGAUUUAUCGUAAAGGGAUUUGGACAAUAAUACACGAAACGCUCAUUAAACUGCAAUUUAAUUUUAUUUUCGCGAGGAGGGUGUAUUAAACAAGUAUCAAACCUUGCUGAUUAGUUUAUUGGCUUUAUUAAAUCCAAAGCGUGUUACAAUUUGAGCAGAGAAGACAGAAUUGUGGAACGCACUCUUCGCCUGGUUUGUUUGUAUCCACUCAUCGAAAAGUGGAGUCUGAUGGAUCAUUCUAUUCCAUCGCAAACACGUAUAAGAAAGAGUCUGGCUAAUGUUAUUUUUAUCGACAAAAUUCGACAGGGAUUCCUCCAGAAAUUGUUGAAUAAACCCCGAUGUAAAUUAGUUCGAUUUGGAUACAAUUUGUUUUUCUAUAUUUGAAUUAAACACUUCAAACUGAAGUUAAUUAGCUGCGUACUGCGCGCCUGAAAGUCUAACAGGAAACAGUGUAUUUCGAAAAAAAUGGCUAACGGAAAACGCUGACGGGGACGGGAGUUGGUUCACGUCCACAGUUGUAAAGCGAUGUUAACUCCUACAUCGCGUGGACUAGACAAAAUGAGGCGCGACGGCGCACACGGCAGAAAGUGACGAGAUGUUCUAAAGGUUUGUCCGGAAAGGAUGCCGUGAGAGAUUAUGUUACGUGUGAUAGGUCGAAGUUAUGGUGCAGACUGCAUGCGCAAAUCAAGGCGGCCGCUCUUUAGACAUAUGAUAGUUCAACUGUUCGUGUCUAAAAAUAUAUUCCGCCGCAGGCUGUCUUACGGUAGUCAACACCAGUCUUAGGAGCAAAUCUUACUAGUAAGCCGAAAUAAAAUGUCGUUUCUCUACGUGCGUACGCAUCAUCAGCCCUGAGAAUGAAUGGCAUUAGAGCGUCGAACAGGCAAAUGAGAGCUAACGCACAUGAUUGUUUGCAUUCGCAAAAUUAGGUAAGGCGCAAUAUCCUGAUCAGCCAUUGCCCCCAGUCCUGAUCGCCCUUUUCCAGGGAUAACCUAGGAGUUUCUUUUGACUGCGGUUGAAUGCCCGUCGUAAUCCGUGAAGGUUUGUUAACACGGGACCGUGGUACUGUUAAUAAUGCUAUUUCGGACGGUUUGCCCGGCCAGUUUCUCAGGCCGAAGUAUUCACUGCAACCGAGGACAUGCAUUGCAGGGAGCUUGCAGCCAAUAAAGAAACCCAUCUGAGUGUGGGUCUGCGUGAUACGCACGAACGCAACCUACGAAAUUUAACCGUUGGACUCAGGUACACCAGAAAUUACAAGACGAUUUCAAGUGACCAAUAAAGCUAUCAGGCAAAAUACAUGUUUAAGUUCAAAAAUGGCAAAUUUCGGAAGACAGAACGGGGAAAAUUUGCAGUAGAUGCCCUUCGUUGUAUGUGCUCUCUGGCUGCGUCAGUCUCCAUCUUUAGUAGACUGUCCCAUAAAUGUUAUAUUUAAUGAACUCUUACUCAAAGCCAACAGCCCGUAAAAUCAUAAAUAUUUUGUUUGCAGUUUGUUUGUUUUGAAAAAGUAUCUGUCAGGCCACCAGAGGCUCACCGUGCGAGAUAGGAGGAAGAAAGUCGCAAUUAGUUGGCACAGUUGGUAUGUGUUAUUAUGAUAGGCCAGAAGCGCACUUCCGAGGGGUCGUGGGGUUGAUGCUGUGACCUUUCUGGUCAUGUGACUUCCGAUUUCCCAUACUCUGCCUUAACCAAUUUUUGUCUUGUUGAAAACCUAAGGCCUACAAUAUUUUUUGAUGUUGAUCGCCAUGUAUGCUGAAUUAGCAUUUUCCGAGUUUAAAGCGGGGGGCUUUUGAAAAAAGGCAGGUAUGCUUUUCAUUGACCCUUUGUCGACAUCUAUUCCACCAAACUGAUAGUUUUUCUUAAAAAAUAGUAUCGAAAAAGACAGAAAUCUGAACACCUGCGGGUCGAGCAUGAACCUUUUAAUCAUCAUGCAGAUUCAUCAUCACUACACUAUGGACUCCACCAUACUGGACAUAAACCAGCUUAAUCGACAGAGAGGUGACGCGCAUCAACUUAUCUUGAUUGCACCGCCAGCUAUCAGGACAACUCGGUACACGUCACUCUUCCAGUCAGAUGCAAGAGCAUAAGUUGAACGAAAGUAGGCGGUUGAACAUAGGUGCCCUCUGGCCCCUCGUAUUUUUAUGGAAUUUGACGUAGUUCCGUGGGUUAAGAACCCUUUCUGUAAGUUGCACUGACUCUUCAUUGCGAUGAUUGAUACGAACAAAAUGAUCACUGAUAGCGUCCGAUAUGGCGUUUUAAGAAAAAGCUGGCAUCGUGAAAAAUAUUUUCUCCGUUUUCCGCCAAAAUUAUGUAAGAACGAUGGGACGCUGUCGAACUUUUUCUCGUUGACUUUUAGUUUGUGCUACAUCCAUUAUCGCUACGGUUCAUGUCAACACGAACAAAAUAAUGCUCCGUUUCCUAGAGUUACUUGCCCACAGCGACCAGAUUUUCGCAACAUUUUUAAAAUUUAUUACCAGAGAAACGAUGACAGUUAAUUUAAACGGACUCUUAGACAUAUAAGCGAUAGGCCAGUAUCCGGGAUAUUUCCAAAUACCAUGGUGCUACUCGUAGGUGCGAGAAUAAUUUGUGUUCGGCUAACGCUCUACUAUCGUUUCGUUCAGGGGACCGACCCUCGAGAGACGUAGGUUAAUGUUGCCGCCUGUUCUCUAGUUCUUGGCUCAUUUUCCCCUGGAAGUGGUGAGAGGGUGAAGAGUAUCCCAUAUGUUCUUCACUCAACCUAGUUUCUGUAGGCAAGUUUUAAAUUCUGGCUACUUUUUCGUCUUGGCUUGGGAGGAUUAACAUUUGUGUGACGUUUGAUGGACAGGGACAAGCACCCAAUCAGCUAAUCUCUUCGUGCAAAUCUCCAGUAGGCUUGAUCUUAUCAUACUGCCCUAAUGCAUUUGGAGUGGGAAGAGGAAGGAAUCUUGAUAUGGCACAAGUUUUUCUUGCUAUACCUCAGUUUGGUUGUUUGCCGUUACUGUUUCCAGCCUCAUCGACGACUAUCGUUGGGCAGGCCAACACACCAAAAUCUCUCUGCUCUUUUUCCCCAUGUCUGACCAAUCGAGCACAGUGUGAUCUUCGUACGACCUGCAGUUAUGCUGCGUACGUCUUUGUCGUUCUAAUUGCAUUUACACGUAUCACAGGUGGCAGGGCGCUGGUGACUGAGUGCAGGUGUGUCUGCUGUCCGUUGAGUGGAUGGUGGCUGUGUUGUUCCGCCAAAAGAUGUGUCCGGUUAGGGACACCCGUUCAUGAGCGGUUGUUCGUACCAUGCAAAUGGUGACUGCUCCACACGGUUCUCAACUGUCGCCGAACUCUCAACUGUGGCUUCCCUAAUCCAGGCUCUACCGGCGGGUUAAACCUUAUGAGGGUGUCCGGUGCUGUGUGUCAUCACACUCGGUAAUUCUGUUCUCUCAUUCAUCCCUUCCCCCCUCUCUCUUCGUCUCCCCCCUUCACUCCAAAAGUCCUACAACCCCGCAGGCGGCCCAGGCCAACUCGGGUCGCUCUUAACUAAACAAAGCCGUGACCUAUAGUGGAGCUCGACAGUCAUCUAGGAUGUCGAAGCAGCCCUAUUAAGGGACAUCCCUUCUUAUCCCCUGGUGGGAACGGAGCUUGAAAAGUUGCUCCGAACAAAUGCCGGGAAAUCACGCCAUCUGUUAGUAUACCGCAACUCGUAGAUGCAAAACUCGCGGUCCAAAAUAACAACGAACAGCAACAACCAUGGUCGCCCUCUGCUCCGCCACACCCUACAAGCUGCUAAGGUGAGUCCGCUCACCUUGACAGUCUGGAAUGUGGCUUCCCUUCUAGACAAUCUGAGAAGCAACUGACCGGUACGGGGAACGGCGCUAGUCGCUCGAGAACUGGCGCGCUAUAAGGUGUUCAUCGCUGCUGUCGACGAAACCCGCUUCUCCAAACAAGUUCAGUAUGAUGAGGUGGGUGCCGGCCACACCUUCUUUUGGAGCGGCUGCCUAGAGGCAGAGCAACGCGGUUUAGGAAUACCUUUGCUAUCCAGAACGACGUCGUGGGACGACUAUACUGUCUGACACAGGGCGUCGACGACCUCCUAGUGACACUUGUCCUGCUUCUUCGGGAGCCCAAUUUGGCACCAUCGUCAAUAUGUAUGCCCCUCCCCUGCCUAAACAAUGAACUUCUAUGAGACCAAGGCCAAGUUAUGCGAAAACCUGCAUGCCUUCUUGGCAGCUGCGUCGAUAGUGGACUACUUGGUUGUCUUUGGGGACUUCAACGUUUGCGUCUGGACAGAUUAAGCUGCCUGGGGGGAGCGGGAUUCUGGAUCCCCACGAAAUCGAUAACUGCAACGACAACGGCCUCCCUCUUGUGAACCCAUCCAGAACACCGGCUCUUCCUGACCAACACCUUCUGCGGCCUUCCGAUGCUGAAGAAGGCGACCUGGAUGCACCCCCGAUCGCGGCGCUGGCAGCUGCUAGACUACAUUCUCGUCCGGACGCGAGAUCGACAGGACGUGCUGACGAUUAAAGCUAUCCUUGACACGGGUGACCGAAUGGAUCUCGGCUUUGAUAUCUUUAAGAUGAGGCUCCGACUACAAUGCCUCAGGAGACCACAAAGUAAGCGACCAACAGGUAAGUUAAAACUGUUUUGUCCGAUUUGUCUGCUCAUCGAUUACAUUCCGGCAGCCAACUAGCCUAGCAUUUGGAAAAACUGCCGACCCCGGAUGACAACGCCACCGGGGAGACUCGGUGGUGUCAGAUGCGGAAUACUAUCCACUCCACUGCCUUCGAUGUCCUCGAACGCGCACGUCGCCAACAUCAGGACUGGUUCGACGACAAAAAGGCAGGCGUCGGCAACCUGCUGGACGUAUAUGCCUACAGCCUACAUUGGUCGCCGGACAGAUGAAAACAAAGUCGCCUUCUUCCGAUGUUACCGUCUCGCACAACCACGACUGCGGGAGAUGCAGGAUACCGGGAUGACUCACAAGGCCGAGGAAAUCCAGGAAUAUACUGACCGCAAAGAAACAAAGAACUGCUUCUCAUCAAAAAAGGCACCCUGCGGCCCACGCCGUCUUUCAGCUCCGGUGGAACAGCACUUCUGACGGAGGACUCGCAGAUGCGGAACUACUGGGCCGAACACUUCAGAAAUGUCCUCAACCGCCUGCUUACAAUCUCCAAAGUCGCCAUGGACCUACUUUCUGAAGUGGAAACGACCUGACCUCCUGCCUUCUCUCUCAGAAACAAUCACCGGCGUGCACCAAAUCUCCAGCGGGAAAGCAUCGGGAUCCGACGCGACUGCGGCGAAGUUUACAAGCACGGCAGCCCCUGGCUAAUGGAUCAACUUGCAACGCUAAUCCUGGAGAUGUGGCAUCGAGGACAAGUUCCUUAUUAUUUCAGGGAUGCGUCGACCGUCCAUUUCUAAAAGCGAAAAGGGAACUGACAACUCUGUGAUAGCCAUGAAGGAAUCCUGAUGCUAAACAUCACGCACGCAUCCUCCUCAACCGUCUUAACUUCAUCUCGAACAGAGCCUUCUUUCGGAAAGCCAGUGCGGUUUCCGACGCUACCAAGCAACAACCACUAUGAUCUUUGUUGUGUGUGUUCUGGACUAGGGGACGUGGUAGCACACCCAAGUGUGGAUUUUUGUCGAACCAGCCACCUUCGCCUUCUACCAUUUGAGGCCUUCUUGUCUCUCUCUUAACACCGGGUUCAGUCGUGGAAGGAAGAGGAGAGAGUGCGUUAGAUGCAGCACAAGUCUGCUAUCACUAUGAAACAAAUCGCAUGCAAGCCACCGCCCCGACUUAGUCUGCUGUGGAUGUAGUUGGUAAUGACGGGCGAGGUGCCGUGUGUGCGAAUGCCCCCAAAAGAGGCCACGCGACAGAUGCGUCAGCCCGACAGGCGUUUUCGGGAAUGCGCAUCCAUAACAAACGCCAACAUAUGGGAUGUGGUGCACGCCCAAUUUCUCGAGCCAGUUGGGAUCCGACCUGCUUCCUUUUUUUCUUGGUGCACAAAAUCCUGGUUAGUGUGUGUUGUGGACCAAGGGACGUGGUGGUAGGUCUAGGUUCGGAUUUUCGUUGUGCCAGCCACAUACACUCUCUCCCGCCUGCGAUCUUCUUCACUGUCUUGAAACUGGGGCCACACGGAGGAGGAGGGAGUGCGGUGGAUGCAGCUCAAGUCUACUAUCGUUUUAAACUAACUCACGUGUAAGUCACCAUUACUGCUCUUAGCCUGCUGUGGAGCACACGGUGGACAACGUCGGUCACGACUGCCUCAUCUCUCCGCUCUCUUCCGUCAUCCUUGCUCUUGCCUCCAGCUCAGCAGUUCGACUACGACUGUGCGGGAAAACCCCAAGAAGAGCGGUGGGAUACCGAACGGUCUUUUCCGUCUAUUUUUUGAUUAGCUCCAUUUGGCGUAACUUGUUUGCUUCAGCAUCCUGACGUUAAUUUGUCUUGAUAAUGUAACAUACGUCUAGUUGUUCUGGGGCCUGUGUUUCUAAAUUACAUUUGGGUGCUACUAUGUGCAAUUUAAUUGCAGCUUUUCCACUAUAAUUUUUUCGAACAAAAGUACUUGUCAUCCUGAUUGAUUUUGCAGCCCCUCUCGUCGUCGUUUCUCACUCCAGAUCCUAAUUCUUUUAUUCUAAGCGGGCCUUCGAUUACCUUAAUCAGUAUUAAAAUUGUUGUAAAACGACUCGCUUUUUACACGGGCCGUUGGUAAAUUUCGUAAUUGUCAACAAUAAGUUCCUGGAAAAGUAACUGCUUUACAUGUGGGGGGAUUUAAAUUGACAGAAACAUAUCUGAGUAUUUGUAUUAACUUCUGAAAUAUUCGUUUUGUGUCAUUGUUCCAAGUCAACAUUUCGUAGGCCUACAAUUUUUUUAUGAUUGAAGAUUCCUCCGUUUACCGAAAUGCGCGUAGAUGUCAACCCCUUGCCUAACCUGGUCUACAUGAACGGGACGUCGAUUCCGUAGCAGACAGGACAGUUUGAACAAAUACCUCUUUAACAAAUAACCUCGUUAACAGAAAAAGGUCUGAACUAAGUGGACAAUGUUUAAUAUUUAUUACCAUUAAAAUAGUUUGUAUAUAACAAUGUCAGUAUUCACGCAAACAUCGUAUUUUUCACAAAUUAACGGACUUGGAGACUAUUCUGUCUGCGAAAAAAGUGUUUUAACCAACAUAUCGAACCAAUAAAAAAGACUCACAACAUCCGAGAUAUUGCCCAAUGAGCAUUUGAAUUUUGAUCGUCGAUUUUGAUCAGUUUCGCCACCUGUCGUGACUUUGUCGCAAUCCGAGUAUACAUGCUGUCUCGACAGCUCAACGCUCGCAAAAGACGAUGUUCACCGUGUGCCCCACAGCAUCAUGGGCGCGUAUUAAUAUAUAAUAAUCAUGAACUUGGGAAUCCUAUACCGCAUACUCUCCCUCUGCACCCACCUGGACCCGGUAUCAAAACAAAUUUAAACGGGCUGGAGGCGACUUCGGACGCAGCAUGUCUACCUGUGGCACACACACCUUAUUCGCGCACAAUGGACUAGGUUAUCACAGAAACGCGGCGGUGGCUGUCUUGGAUACGAACUGAGUGGCAAUGCCACAGAAGUCAUAUCAGAAAGGUGUCUUCGCGGUUUGAUUUUUCUUCCUAAGAGGACUGAAUUACCCCCUCGGUUGGGAGCCUUCCAAGACACGGACAUGAACACCUCUCGGGGAACGCUCGAGACACGAGUUUAGCCUACUUUCUGCUGCCGACUGACGCAAAUAUGAGGUAUCCGACCAAUCAGUGGGUCCUCCAGCCUUCUGGUACACUUCUUAGUUGUUCAGUUAUUUAGCACUUGAUGGACGGAAUAAUUGCAAAUCACCCUAAUCAGGAAAGUCUGAAGAUAUUUUACCGAAAAACCCAUUUGAAAUUAAAAUGAGAAUUUCUGGUCUAUUUGUCAUCGUUCCCUAGUCGAACUCGGGAAGGCCUACCCACUGCUAGUCCAGUGGAAAAUCAGACAUAACUGUUCCUUUUAGUCUUCUAUACUUUUAACCUUAUCGAUUGGUCGUCGACAUGACAGAUGAAUACCGCAGACGCAAGGCCAAAAUAACACCCAAACUCCGUCCUGUGGCCAGGCUAGUUCUUGGGGUUUUUCAUCGAAGACAUUCGUUCCUAUUUCUAAAAAUAACGGGCUUAUCUAUCUUGAACGGCGAUUCUGAGUCACCGGUUUUACUCCUUUCACGCAUGCGAUUGUACUAGUGGCUUUAAUGGUUCCUAAAACAAGUAAUAAUGCAUUUUGAUUUGUCUGAAUUGCUUGGUGGUUGGGAAAAGCACGGAGUGCUGAACUGGGGGCCCAUUUUCACUACCACUUACAGUACACUUCAAAGUAUAUUCACAGCAGUAGGUCGUUAAUAAAGCGGUUUUAACUUUAAAAUGUUGCUGAUAUUGAAUAAAAUUCUCUGAUCUUCCAUACGCAAGGAGCUCUGAACAAGCAUUUAAGUCAACAGAAUCUCACUGGUUUGUCUCAGUGCACAAAAAUGCUUAAGUAUUUUCAGGUUACUUAAUUUCUGAGUAGAGUUUGCGAAUUCAUAAGGAACCUUCUAUGGACUGAAAAGAGACUCGCUUUUGGUCAUGCUGAAGUGACACAGAAAUCGGCGGGAAAAGAAAGAGCAUAGUGCCUUCGUCUCUUUGAUAACUUUGCGUUUUUUGACCAUUUGAAUGAAUUGUGCAACCUAGAGGUAGACGUAAGCGGGUCAAACGACAUGUUGCAUUUCCGGUCGUUGGCUGUUCAUAACCCUUGUCUGACUGCCCCAAAGAAUCAGAAGCAGAGCAGCCGGUGUUGCUCUUUUCAGCGUUGCGUUAUCGGAGUUUUGUACUACAUGAGUCACUAUCCCGACUUCAUCUUCAAUCGUUCCGAUUCGGUUUUGCCGCCUAUAAGUGAUGUAGUGAUCAAAACCGACCAAACCCGGCUCCAGUGCAUUCUUUCCUCACUUCAAAUAAAAUGACGCUCAAGGCUGACAUUUAUUUCUGCCCUGACGAUGUCCGAUGAGAAUCCGUUAUAUACCGCCACAUGCAGGCCAGUCCUGCCCGCAUUUUUUUGUUAUUAUUAUUAUUAGUGAGGGUUUUCUUCUCCUGUAAAAUUAAUCCAAUCAUUUUUAAAUUUUUAAGUGGAGAUUUUUUCUCACCGCUCGCUAACCAUUUUUCUUAACGGACUACAAAUUCAGAAACCAUGAAUUGCAUUUUGUACACAUUCUGCCUACCUCGUCUAAAAUUCGCAUGUAAAUUUAUUUCUACUUGCUUUGAUGGGAUACCGAUGGGUCUUUAAUAAAAAAUUAUUAUUAUUAUUAUUAAAAUUGCCAUAACGCACAGAAAGGCCUGCCUCGUAAGGGGACCAGCUGGCAGGAUUGCUCGGCAAUUUUUUUGAACAAGGGUCAGACGGCGAUGACUCGAUCCCUAAUGUGGUCUUUACAGCACGUAUCACGUGUUCGAGCAUCGAACUCCUGCGUGGCGUGCGCUGGAUAACGGCCUUACGUUCGUAAGUUAUUGCGCCCAAUCUCAUACCCAACCAACCUCACCUCGACUGACCAUUACCAUAUGGGUAUAGGGCGAAAGCUUGAGGCCAAUCUAGCUUGGAUUCAGUGAUAAGAGUCAAUCGACGAAGUAACCCAAUCACCCUACAGACUGAAAUUCAGGCUACAAUGGGUCCUCAUUGAUGUUCUCAUCAAAGCACGCCUCUUCAAUAAAUGGUCUGAAACCCAAGUCGAAUUGGGCUAUUAGUACGUUUAAGAACCAGCAGAUAUGCAUAGCUGGCGUGAACCCUGCCUUUUACUACGUCAGCUACUGAACCCGAUCAAGUCGCAGUCUUAUUGAUCGUGUCGUGUCAUUGAGAAGACUAAAAGUGAGCAAAAUGAGUGUAGAUAUCCCUCACUACAAACAAAAAGAAGGGGAAUUCACCGAAAGAGGUUUAUUGUAGGUCUAACGCUCCGACUAAUGAUUUCAUCUAUCUGUCUAGGAAUGUCAGACCGCCAAAAUCUCUCCCCCUGUACACCUUUUCCCCUUUUGAAAUUCACGUACAUUUCACCGCUAUACCCUCUUUGAAGCGAUGUUUUUCGCGUGAGCGACGGACGAAUAAUCAUUAAUCAAAAAUAAGAGGGUUGCCAAUUUUAUAGAUUCACAGAUGACAAAAUAUUUGCUGUAAGAGACCUUCAUCGUAAACUGCUCCACCCAACUGUGUUGAAUAUUGUGGAGAAUUUCGUGUUAUCACUUUGAAUAGUAUACAUACUUAAGUGAAGGUUGGGGGGUUUCUUUAAUGCUUUUACUUCUCUGUGUAUGUGCGUGGAGUCUGAUUCGGUCAUUAGAGAAGAACGAACUCCGUUGUGACAAGGUAUGCUCAAACCUACGUCAAGUUGACUAUAACAGCUCUGGUAGGGGUCGGUACCGCUGUCCUGGUUCUAACUGUAAGCUCAAUGUGGGCUUUGCAAGUAAAUUAGGCCGCAGGAGGAUGCUGAAAUCGUUAGUGGGAAUGCAGCCAAAGCUAAAACAGUAAAGGACAACCUGGUGCUUCGGUUUAGAGGUAGGGUUAUUUUUCGGGUUUGGGUUAGUGUCAGGCUGAGAAUUAAGUUUAGGGUUAGGGUUUGUGUUAAGUUUAAGGGUUCCGGUUAGAGUUAGGGUUUGAAUUGCGGUUUAGGUUUACGUCUAAUCUUAAGGUUGGGGUUAGGGUUAACGUUACGAUUAGGGUAGGGCUACGGUUAAGGUUAGGGUUGGGGCUUGGGUUACAGUUAGAGUUAGGGUUUCAUCAGGGUAAAGGUUGGGCUUAGGGUUAGAUCUAGGGUUUGUGGUAGGUUUAGGGUUAUGUUUGACGUUAAGGUUAGGGUUAGCGUUAGGCUUGUAAUUACGUCAAGGAUUAGGUCUACUUUAAAGGUUAUGAUUAGGUUUACCAUUGUGUUUGGGGUAUUACUGCCCGGCUAUUCCUGACAACCAGGGCUUUUGCGGCGACUGUGGGCUUUCUUCAAUCUCUCGGUAGAUUUUUCACACAUCCGGUUCCCUUUUUCGUUUCAGCCUCGGCUACUUUCCCACUAACGAUGUCAACAUUCCCCUUCUGCUUACCUUUCUUUCCAUGCCCAUACUGCGCUUAGACUUGGGACCAGGACAGCGUACUCGACCCUUGCCACAACUCUUGUCAUUUGAGCAUUCGGAAUUGGGAAUAGAUUAAACCCUACGUUGCUGGAGUUUUCCGCACUGCGACGGUUCGACCAUCGUUUGCGGCGAUGUCCACCGCGUGCCUCACAGCAGGGUGAAGAAGGCACGGCGAGUUCCGCAUGAUCCAGUUUAUAGUGAUGGUAGACCUACACUGCACCUACCGCGCUCUCCCCUCCUCGCCCCACCUGGGCCCGGUGUCAAGGCAUAGUCAAAAAGACCGGAGGCGAGGGAGGGCGCAGGUGGAUAGCACGGUCAAGCCCGCACCUUGGCGCUCCACUCCAUAUUCUAUGGUCAAAACAGCAAAUGACUAGGUCUUUUUAUAGCCAACAACCACAAUGGGGGUGGGGGAUGGUACUGCCGAAGCCACACCUAGGCUUGCCGUCACAUCCAACUCGGAUCCCACGGAGCGGGAGUGCCAUAAAGGCCACAUUAUGAAGGAGCCAUUGCAGUCUGGCUCUUAGACCACCAGCCGACCACUCCACACAACACUGGGCAGACUGCGAGCUCCAAGUUAUCCCGUCAGUUGGCAACCUUACAAGCCACGGCUUUUAGCGCACCGUGAUAGCUUCGAGCGCGUCAGAUUGUUUAUAGUGCGGAGCAAAAUGCGCUCAGUCGUCGACCUUACUCCCCCUUUCCAUUCCCACGCCUCAGUCACUGUUCAAGCCCGUCAGUCGACUUGGGCGGGCAAUGGGCGCGGUGGCUGACAUGGUCGACUGACCUUGUCUGCGCCCGCCACACGCAAGACAUAGCCCCCCAAACACAAGCACCAAGACUUCACAGCCGCGUACAUCUCACAUGCGUGAGAGUGCCGCCGGCCACGUUAAGAAGGAACCGCCUUAGACUGGCUCUCAGCCGAUCAGUCCAAAACUCCACACAUACACACCCAUCUGGGCAGACUGCAUGGACUGAGUUGGGGCGUCAGUUGGCAGCCUUCCAAGCCACAGCGCUUGACGCGCCGUGAUAACCUCAGACUCGGAUUACACAGGCAGCAAAGAACCAAUAUGGAGAAGGGGCCGAGACGCACACUUCCCACUUGCGUGGGAGGUGGCAGUUAGAUACUGGUGGUGGGUGAUGGUAUUGUGUUGGUGGGGGAAGGUGUGGUGGUCUGGUGUAGCCGACGGUGUUCUGGUGAAAGUAAUUCUCACUACCGUCCGACAAAGUGACAGCGGCCUGACGAUUAGUACUUACAAACCUAUUUGUUUCUAUAACCAGUGAACUGAAGUCAUUUUUACCUUGCACGAAUCCUCACAGGUGUACGGCUUAUAUGAUUUCAACGAGACGAUAUUUCGAUGUUGCGUGCAAUGGGUCUUUGCAAUAAAAUGAACAGACUGUCGUGAAUAAAUAAAUAGCAUCUCGUGCAAAGUACAAAAAGGAGGAACGAGCCGGGAGGAGGGCGACCUAUACAUAACAGCUGAAAAAGUGUAGUGCUACGUGAAAUAUCUGCAGGAAGCAGUAGCACUAGAGAUCUUAAAGACAACAACUCGCAUUGUCAUCGAGAGUCUCUUGCCAUUCGCUUAUGGGAAGCUUCGGCGAAUACCGGUGUCGAUGAAUUACGAGGAACAGCGAAUACGUUUGGUUGGCGAUCGAACAUCCCGAACAAACCGACGGCACAAUGUGAUCUUAUCCAGCAAAUAGAAGUAUAGCCUGAUUGAUUCAACCAGUUAAAAUAAUUACCGAAAUGACCUUAGUAUACAGGUCCAUGACGGCGGUAGACAAUCGUCCGGAGGCGUUGGGAUGGCCUGCGGAGAUUUUAUUCCGCGCAAAAAGCUGGAAUCCUCACCUUUACAGGAAAAGUAGAACGCUCAGCCACACAUUCAGACAAAUCCUGCUUAACUGAUGCCCCUUUUGAAUCAAUGCGGUGGUUGACAUGCGGUGUUUCAGGAUGACAACUGUGAUAUACAUACGGCCCAGAGGACGAGACAGUAGCUAUGAUGACAGCAAAUGGCUAAUGCCCUGGCUGUCUUUGAGCCCCGACUUAAGAUCAACCGGUAUUCUACGUAUUACUACAUAGGCUUGCGUUUUGCAACAGCUAAACAUACCCAUCGAUGAAUCGAGUGAAAGAGAUUGUUAAGCGAGCGAAGAGUGCACCGAGUGAACCAGGACUUGAAAACCUAAUUAACAACAUAUAUGGAUGUUGAGUCGUAACCCUGACAAGAAAUAGAUGCCACAUGUCUAAACAGUGACUCCAAAACCCGAGUGGCUUAAAAAUUGUUAGACGACCGACAAUUAAUCGUUCUUAUUUCCUAUUGUAACAUUGAACCAUUCGUGGUAAACCACGGGUUGAGUUAAAAAAUUGUUACGUCUUACUUUCCUGUGCAAAGGGCUGGACUGAUUUGCGUGACAUCUUUGAAGAUCUAUUUAAAAAUCAGGCAGUUUUAAAAUCGCGGCGCAGAUCCCGCCGUCGAUAUCUUGCUUGUGCUACACGACAUUUAACGUACAUUUACGCACUAUAACCCCGCUAACGUGCACGUAGUCACUACUGUCGGGAUAGUCGUGGUCAACAUAGAGACUCAAAAGCCUAUUUCUCGAUACCUCUUUCCUCCUCUUCAAGGAUCCGUCACCAGAGUGGCUGAACUUGCCACUGUGACCAGCCGUCUGUUUCAUUUCGCCGGUGGUUUUGGUGGUGGCAAAUUUCGACGGCAUUGGUGGCGCACUGGGGACGGCGAUGCAGCAAUCCCCGAUGUGUCGAAGACUUCGACCAAUUGUUCCUCCCUCUCCUCCGUCUCCCCAAUGCCAUCACCGCAGCAGACCCAGGUGCAACCCAUCGUCUGUGGUCCAACACUCGUCCCGACAGAAUCGCCUGCGACGCAGUCCACCCUCUCCGUCCCUACAAAGUCUUCCCCCAAACUGCCUCAACGACCCCAAAUGCCUGUUACUGCCUCUGUUGAGGCUCCAACCAGGAUCCCGGACCAGCCUGUAGGCCCUGUUGAGGCAUGUUCUAAUGUCUACCUCGAUUAUUUUUUUCAUUAAUGGGUCUACUCACCUGCUUUAUUUGAGCCAGGUUUGAAUCCGACAGAGAUGGUGCAUUUUUGUUGUCGGGACAGGAGCAUAUUUAAAUGUAUGGGACUCGUAGGCUUACUGACAGUCCCUAAGAAGGAUAAAACUACGACACCUAUGACAGAGUAGUCGUUUAUUCUCCGCGUUGAAUAAAGAAAGACUCAAGGGAUUGUGUUUAAAGCUACUAAAGACAAUAAACCGCGGACAUCUGUUUACAAAACUUCUUGGACUUCGACGAUCAUAUUUCAAUCAAGAAGAUAAGUCACGUGCGUCUCAUAACAAGCUUAUCAAUAAGGCGUUUGAUUAACGUUAGUUUUGAUGCUAGGCCCGUAAUUUAUUUAGCUACUAUGGCUUUUGAAUGCAAAAUACAUUUGGAUUUCCGGCUCAGAAACUGAGUUUGUUAGUUUUUAUUCUGCAACCAUAUGAUACUUGGCUUGAUAUUUUCAGGGCUAGCUAGUCUUCGAGACGAAGUGGCAACUAUUACGCCGCCGUAUCGGUCUUCUGUUUAUAGGAAUUUUGCUUUUCUACCACAGCAAAACAACUGUUCAGAUGAAACCAGACUCGUCUUGCGAGUCAGUGAAGUCAAUACACGGUAAGACGGGCGUUUAAUAAGCGUGGCUACAGUGUCUGGGGAAUAAAACACCAAUAGAGCAUUCGGGAAGUUGAUGGCUCUAUCUUGUCUCUGGCAAAAAGUUUACGACUUUGCAAGUAUCAUAUUUUCGGGAUCUUGAUUUUAAAAAUAUUGAUUUUCCUGCGAACGCACAUCAGGCAUUGACUUUGAAUAAUCAACAGCUGGCGCGAAAGCUGGAUUCUUGAAGGCAGAAUCAGGUUUCAACUGUUAGCUAAUUUUAUAUCCCACGCAGUUUCGCCGUUCUGCAACAGAAAACCAUCAAAACGGGUCCAAACCGUCUUGGCAUCGGGAACAUGGUGAAGUUUGUCAUGUGUAUGCCCACAUCCAAUGUUUCAAAAGCCUACAGGCACCUAUCGCCAGUGAGCCUAGUACAACGUCCUGCAUAAUGUAAAUGAUACUAUCCCUGCCGAGAUACCACUGUCUCCGAAACUGUCUACUCUAAUCGCACUGCGGAGGGACGGUUGUUGUCCGCAUUGCAGACGACCUUCCUGUUUCCUGUCGGGGGACAACCUUUGGGUGUUAAACGUAAUUGCUUCCGUCUGCAUUCUCUGCGUUUGUUGGUUCCAUUCUUGAGCAUGUUGUCCUUGUUUCGCGUUUGCACUCGUCCGCGUUCUUAUGGUCUUUCGUAGAAUCGGCAGUGUCUACACACCCGUUUAUAUCUGCCUAGAAGUCUCCACCAGCAGCGUUAACGCACGACCUGUGUCCGGGCCCGACUUAAGCCAAAAGGUUUCGGGCUUAACGUUCACCUUAGAUUCUCCUCCACCUACGUUUAUGCCCGAUAUAUGUUCAUGCCUACCCUUUUUCAUGCUUUUACUGAAUUUGCCACGACUGCACCCGAUUCGAGCUGCACUUGUAGGACUUGAUAGGACAUAGAGAGGGCCACCCAAGGACUGUUGGAGUCUAGGUUGAACUGGUUUCUAGCUGCCCCUCUUUACCCACUUACUGGCUCACGGCAUGCAGUGCCUCAGCUGUCGUACGCCCUCCCAAGAUCAUGGCUACUGCUGUGUAUACAUGCUGCACAUGCAGAUGGAGCUUUUGCGCCAGGCCAGGCUGUGCGUCCAACCAGAUUACUAGCCGACGACAUGUUAGACAGCCCACUGGUGCUUGGAGGGGAAGACAGGCGGGGCCAGUUUUGUGCGUCCAGUUAUACAGAUAUUACCUUUUUCAGUAAAUGAGGACAAUAUAGGGGAGCAAUAAAAGAUGGGAGGAAGAAUGCUUGAUUCAGCAAAGUGUCACAUCAACGGUUGUGUUUCGGAAAACAAAACUACUGCUAAAGGCUGGCUGAGUGCGAAGCGCCCAGCAUGGCUGUGGAAAGGCGAAGCUAAGAGCAUACACAGCUCCAUCCUCUCACACAUGGUUAACUCUGGGCAUCGUGUGGGUCCCAACGAGGCCUUCCCUGUGAUUUACAAUAUCCCACCUGCCAACAGAAGCGAAGAGACGAGUCCCAGUAUGCAGUCUUGAAGAAGGAGACACGAUCGCGGGGACAAGAGCUUUAUUAGCCUGACAUUUCGGAUUCCUGCUCGAACCCAUCAUCAGAGACAAGGCAUCCAACAUCCAACGCAUGUGGUGAAGUUGCAGCAAUUAACGACGCGAAUAUCGGCUAUAACACCACGUGCAACGAUCCCUGAUGAAGGGGGAGGGGGGCGUGAACAUUCAUAGGUAUGCGGUAGCAUGACUACUGCAUCCUAUAAAUACUGCAGCCCCUUAUGCAUGAACCACCCGUAUAUGCUUUGUCUCUGAUGAUGGGUUCGAGCAGGAAUCCGAAACGUCAGGCCAAUAAAGCUCUUGUCCCAGCGAUCGUGUCUCCUUCUUCAAUAUCCCACCUAACUAUCCUAAGCGAAUGGGUCAACGCCUACUAGCAACAGCAGAAGCGGCUGUCAUCAGGCUACAGAGGCCGGUCCUGUGCGCGCAGAAGAACCUCUUGCACGCUCAGCGUCUGCAUGUCUCCGUGCCCCGUCCCCCCCUCUCCCCCCCCUUUCGACACGUCUCUACCUAACCCUCAUUGUCACUGCCUCCUUUCCCUCCCUUCUCCUUCUCUAUUCCCUUAACCCAUUUGUAUGAAAAGACGAACUGUAAUCAAUUGCACUUAUCACUCACACGUUUCAGUUUGUACCUCGAUGAGGAUUUAUUGGAAGCACGCGUGUGCUCGCCAAAUGCUCUUCUGAAUUGCCCCGUGGGAAUUUUCGCAGCUAUAUGUUCUAUGUGACACCAGGGCGACACUGUAUUUGUUGGUAUUUGAAAUGAUACAUUAGUUGGGAAAUGUUGCGGCUAAAAACCACCCCUCCUGAUGGUUUACUCGUUACCUCCGUUCAUGAGUUCGGGGUCUCAGCAAAACGAACACACCAGAGGGGCGGAACGGUGUUUCGCCACCAGCGGGAGUUGCCCCAUCCUCCUCACUGCUACUGUGCGAUACCGCGAUACGGACAAUGCAAGCGAGAGGAGAAGCCGUUGGCACCCAAACGCCGUUCUCGAAGGAGGAACGGGGAUGUAGACACCCUACGGACGGCAGCCUCUCGCAACGCACUGACAACCUUGGAGACAACGGCACCCGAGCGUAGGUUGUGCCAUUUAAAUGCCGUGGGGCGUGGUACUAAACAGAUCGAUGACAGAAGCAGAACAAAAUAAUGACUCCUGUGGUCCCCUAUGCUUUUUUGUCCGAGGACGCGCACAUUUGUUUCGCAUUGGUUUGGCGAAUUCGUGACCCGGUGACUUCGUGUUGUUUCCGGGACAAGGCGUUCUGAGCCAGCCCCGAAAUAUUGAUUUACAUUUGAGUUGAAGACAGUCGAAUUCUGCCGAAUGAGCACAUAGUUCCCUAUCAACAGACCAGUACCACUAACAGAAUAAUUUUACGGGACAGUCACCGUUUCUUCCUUCUAAUAUAAACGAUAGCUAAAGACCCAAGCAUGUGUUUCGAAGAUGUCCCUGCGCGUGUCUAGUACAGCCACCCGUUAUUCGGCUCAGAUUUAUUAUCUGGUUCUAAGCAGAAAAAUUGUAUAGCUUAAUUAGGUUGUUGAAAAUGACUUCAGAUAAAAAUGCUUAUUGGAUUGAUAUUUAAGUACCGAUUAUUUUUAACGUAGUCCUUGCGCAACCUCGCUCGUAGGAUAUCUUACGUCUACCUGAAAGUCUUUCAAACUACAUUUUUAAAUUACGCACGGUAGAAGGACUAUUGCUUAAGUUGCGUGACUUUUUCUAAAGACGCUCGGGAUUUGUAUUAAUAUGGUUAUAUUUCUUUAUACGGCUGAGCAAAACAGUCCCUCAGCUACUCAGUUUCGAGAGCAAUACUUCCAAAGACAAUUUGAUAGGGAAGUGCAGUAAUGCGAAUCUACGGAACCCUCGCGUUGAUACUUCGUAUAGUCGAAUAUCUGAAGACUAAUUGGAGACACUUUAAAUUUACGAGGCUUGAUACAACUCUAUUCUGCUGGACUGUGAUCUUAAGGAGUUCCAUCCGGGGAAACUCCAAGAAACACGUAAAAUUGUUUUCAGGUUUCGUAGAAAACUGAAAGAAGAGGAAAGAUUUUCGGCGCAGAAUUUUUGAUAUAUGCAAAAAUGCUUAUUUUUUUUACAAUGUCAGAAUACUUGAAUUUUUGGAUACCCAAUUUCAACUUCAAAUAUAAGGAGUGAAUUUGGCCCCAUUCCUUCUAGGAAAUGUAACUUGGUCUAUAAGGAAACCAACGUCACCCAAAAUCAGUGGAUUUUGCGAUUUGACUAACAUAGCUUGUCGGAGAAAUUUCCAGCUUAAGACCACCUAUUGGCCGUUUAUUACAAAACCUUCAACUAUGUUCCCGGAAAACGCGUGCUGAUGGAUUUAUGGGAUCGUCUUUCGUAGUUGAAAGCAUGUGAGGAUACCAUAAAUCUCCAGAAUUUUCCUUCCACUUAGACGUUUGAUCUUGGUCCUAAACAGCCGAAUUCUUGAGAGGUAAUUUGAGUUUUUAUAGUAGGUUAUGAUCAUUUCUGUCAUAAAGUUUUCUUUUCGAACCUGAACUGUAGUUCAAUGAUCACGAUGCAAAAGCUUGGCAUUCCGCCAUGCAGAAUUCUAUACGUCUUAUUCGCUACCAGGAGAAAACACUAUUUAUUGUCUCAGUUUGUCUUUAUAAACUGAUUUAUGAUAUUUUAAACUGAAUUCACGUUGAACACCAGUGCUCAUCACCGUCUGCUCAUGCUUAUCUAUUAUCGUCCUUUAUAGCGCAUAUGUGUUUGUUUUUGGAAAUUUCGCCUUAUACUAUAUUGGUUUUGCCGGAAGUUCUUAGAGUAAUAACGUAGUAAAAUAGGCGAAUAUGGGGUCAAAUAAGGCGGCUAGGUUCGCCACCGUUAAGUUGCAGCAGUCUUCUGAACCUGUUAUAGAAAUACACUUCCACAUUAAAAAAGUGUCGCUUGGUGGAAAUGCCCGUGCAAAAGCGUCUUUAAAACGGCUAGAAAAGCCUGAGUCACUGCUUUUAUUGUAGUUUGAGUCCCACUUAGGCAGUCUGAUAGCGAGGUUUUUAUUAUAAAUCUAUUUAUUAUGGACCAUAACAGUUCGAUUAUAAUGGCUUAAUCUUGUGUUUACAUACUAUAUUUAGGGUAUUGGUAUUCAGAGGACCUGUUGAGAAUCAUUGGUAUUGUGAUUGAUUAUUUAGAAUGCGGAAUCAAACGUCUAAAUUAAUAAUUUUAGACUAUCUAUCUGACGAAGUUUUGAAAAAUGUUGUUGAUGUUAUUUCACCCGUUCGCCGAUGUGAGUAAAUAAAAAUGGACAAAAACCCUCACAACACGGAAAUUGUACCCCAAGCACCACCAAACUGGUUACAAUAACAAACUGACCCUUUGUAAAGUAAUAUGUAGUAUUUGUAUUGCGUAAAAGUUUAAAGAAAGGCGAAAAUGUGAAGAAGGCGUAUUCUAGAAAUUAUUAGGGACGCCGCUUAUAAAUUAAUAAAUAACCGCGUAUUGCCUUUGCCUGCAGCGCAUUGCUCGGUACACCUUGAAUCGAGUUGGCAGGAUUGUUGGUGAUGAUGAUCUACCGGAAUCCAUGAAAUUCAGGAAUAUCAUGAAAUCCAAAUUGUAUUUAUCCUUUAAUAGAACUACGCCUAAAUGCCUGCAGGACGUUGAUGAUCCUACUCGAUACUCCGAAGUCACCGGCCUUUUGCCUCACUAAACCGACAAAUGUAAAUCUGGCAUCUGUGUCUUUGAAAUAUCUAAACAAGUUCGUGAGGUUGAACAUACGAAUGCUAUAAGCAACUCUGUAAUGGUCGCAAAUUUUGAAAAUUGCAUUAAAGUGCGUCUGUCCAUGGCCCAUGUAUUGGUAGGUUUGCUUGACUAAGAUUUGUAUCAUCUCAUCAUUUCAAAGAAUAUUACGCUUGACGCCCCCAAGAGUUUGCACUAAAAUUUAAGUCUGUGAGAAUUUUAGUAUUUUUUACGAAAGGUCACGUAUUAGCGUGCACGGGAAUUUUCCCGGCAAGGUAGACGAAAACCUUGUCCAUAGUAAAUGUAUUGUCUGUGGCCUGAAACUCAUACUCUGGUAAUGCACUUCUCUCAUACAGUGAGUGACCGAUCUCAUGAAAUAUUGACCAAAAUUCUGAAAUGCGUUUUUGAUUGGGAAGGAUUACUUAGACGCCGUUCUAAAACAGAUUAUCCCCCGGCAUAAUCCUAUAAUAUUUUGGACUCGGCAAGAUGUCAGCUUUUGAAUGCAUUGCUUGUCAACCUCCUGUAGAAACCGUACCCGGUAAAAAAUGACUACUUAAGUAGUAUGCCUUUUUCGCACUGCUUUUCGAUGGUCUUAUAAAUUCAAAUAUAUUUAUAGAAGAUAUGCAUAAAAAACAUUCUUUUUAACUCAUUUAAUGGAGACUCACGUAACCUUUAUAUUUUAUACUUGAAGAAGGCGUGUAUUUAGGUUUUAAAAAAGUUUCUAAUUAUGAGAUUUUUGAGACCGUUCAGUGUCCAUUCAUACAUCAUCGCACCUUCCCGUUUGCCACUGCUUCUCAUGAAAUGUACAACAUAGUCCGGAUCCAUUGCAAAAUUUUGUGGAUUCCAUAUGGUAUCUUUUUAAAGGGAUAGAAGAAUAUACGAUUUUCCUUACGCGGAAGGCAUGCACCUUGUAGACUAAAAUCACUAGGCACUGAUGUAACGUCAGAUCAGGCUCCAAAUUAAUCAGGAAUUAGAAAACUUUCUUAAAACCUAAUUAUACUCCUUGUUCAAAUAUAAAAUAUAAUGGUAACGUAAUUCUCUAUCAAACGGGGGAAAAAGAAUAUUUUAUGCAUAUCUUCUAUGAAAUAUAUUUGAGUUUAUAUGACCAUCGAAAAUCAUUGCGAAAAAGGCAUGCUACUUAAGUAGUCAUUUUUUACCGUGUACGGUAUCUACAGGAGAUUGAAAAGCAGUGCAUUUAAAAGCUGACAUCUUGCCGAGUCCAAAAUAUUAUAGGAUUAUGCCGGGGGAUAAUCCGUGUUACAACGGCGUCUAAGUAAUCCCUCCCAAUCAAAAACGCAUUUCAGAAUUUUGGUCAACAUUUCAUGAGAUCGGUCACUCACUGUGUGUUCCUCUAAUAAAAGAUGCACUCGUCGUCCGUCCAAUAUGCAGACAGCCUUGUCGUCAUCAUCAGAAUUCCUCUGCUUAAACCUGGAGUGAGCAUAGUAAGCGAAAGGCACUACUCCAUACCCAAGCUGAAGGCGAUAUAAUUCAGAACAAUCGCUUAAUUGAGUAAAUAAACCAUACCUUGAAAAUAAGUACAAGCCAUUUCAUGGUUUGAAUGAGAGUGUCACUCCGUAGAGACGCCUUUCUAAGUUGCAAACAAUUUGGUUUUACUGGCACCUAGGCGUUGCAACUGAACGCUCACUUGAUCCCGCGAAAGUAGUUUUCAAUUUUAUUCUCAUUUGCACGAUUCUUUUCUUUUGAACACGCACUUUUAUGGCCCUCAUUUUCUCUAAAUGGAAGACUUCUAGUGAAUUUUUUGUCAAAUAUUAUUGCCAGAGGAAACCAACUGUGAAACAACAAUAUUUGGCUAGUCAUUUCAAUCAUAAUCUAAUCGCCUCCAGUAAUGACCGAAAAUCUGAUUUAAGAUCCUGUUGGAUAUUGAUCAUAAUUCUUUACCCCUUAGGUCACUGACUCGUACCGUGUUAGUCGUGGCCAGAAAUAGUCAAGUUUACGUAUAAAUGGCGCUUUUCUACUCAGGCUGAUUGUGGGACCUAAUGUGGUCGUCUCGUUCUUAUGUGAUUACUUAAGCAAAUUCUAUACUGCAACACAGUAAAAAAAGCGGUGCUCAUACUACAUUCUGUAAGCAAAAAAGGCCGGUGAAUUUUUAUUUUUACUUGACAAUGAAUAAUAUUAGAUCUAUGUCGUGUUUGCAAUGAAAGUGAUCAAAACUAUGCUCAUUAUUGUGCCCUUGCCGAUUUUUCUAUUACGACCUCUCCUUCCUCUCCAUAUUACUCUGCGAGUCGUUACUGGUAGAAAAGCGCGCUCUCCCUUGAUUUAUAUUUACUAAUUUUCAUUGCGCAUUUCUUAUCAAAUUCGCAGGACGUUUGCAGCUUUUCUGAGACUGGCAAGUCGCUAUACACGCCCGUCCUGGUCAAGUCUUCCAGCCGUUGUUCAUAUAACCGGUACCGCGCCGUUCACCGUCGGCAGCUAGAUGCCAUGCUACGACGUACGGCCUGGUUCCUCGACUCUAAUACCUUCCCGCAGUCCACAUCUUCUGGGCCAAUCGGAGACUGCGAGGACCGCCAUGGUACCAAUCCCCAAGUGCUCAUCUCGUUUGCGUCAGCCGGCACCGAUACCUGCCGCUGUCGACCAUCCGAAACUAUCCAUGGUCUUUCCCUGCCCCCGUCAAUCUCUAUAACUCAGACAUCUGCAGUUUCCCUCUUGGAUUUUGGACAAGACAGAGAUGACGGGACUUGUGUGUCGAGCACCUACCGCGAAUUUGCGGCCUCCGUCGGCGAACUAGAGGCUUCGGACGGUGCUUGGGCAGGAACCGGCUUCCGAGGCCCACCGAAUCUUGCGACAUUUACUGGGCAGCAUCUAUACCUCGGAACGACCGCACACAGUCUUAGUACGGCAACUGUUCGCAGUGCACCCACGCGUCACGUAUCACCUGCCAUCUCACCGGCUUACGAGCUCCAUCCUGAGCCCAUACGCUGGACCCGACCCAUCUCGGCGACGGCAAGUGAAACGGGCUCUUUCCUCGAAAAGUCCCAUAGUCCAACCUGAACUCUUGCCUACCACCGAAGACACUUAGUUAUAAAAGUAUUGUGUUUACCUAUAUUUUAGUCAAAAAUGGGUAAGACUGGCCUAUUGUUAUUCCCCCCACUAAUUUCCCUACAGCCAUCUGUAAUAUGAGAGUGGUGGAAACAGGUGUUAUUUGGGGGAAAGGAAUAAAAGGCGGCAGCCAAUAAUCCAAAAGCUGAUGAAAGCGGAAAUUUCAUAUUUCUACUGUUCUCUUGUUUAAGUUUUUCACUGUGAACUCAAAAAGGGCGUCCACUGUAUAGGAGUGUGUUAGUUAGAUUGAUGGGGGUAUUUGUUUUUAAAACUUCACACCAGCUAGUCUUAAUCCUUUCAACCUACUGGUCAGUUGUUCUCCAGAAUCAACCCCAAAAGUGAACCUCGAAUGUGUUCUCCCGCCGUCUGGCACAAAUUCCGAGGCAGCACGGGCCUAACGAAUCUUACAUGUUACAGAUUAUAAAGUAAUAAGAACACCAUUCCAAACAGAGGAUGACGGUGACUGGGUUGAGGGCCAGCUGGCCUACAAUCGGCUUGCCAUUGCAUCUCAAACGCUAAUAAUGCUUGUAUGAGUAUAGUUAGUGCGAAAUGCACGGCGAAAAGGGAACGAUAAUAUUAGUCAUUAGGAAACCACGAGUAUGAACUGCACGCUGAAAAAAGGAUGCUAGGGUUCGAAGUGUAGGCGUGUAAGUGUUCCGACCGGAAACCACUGCCUACCUACCGAGGUUAAAUAAAUAACAAUCACGCAUACACGAAUCCUGGGGAUAGUCUUAAGUCGGUCAUACGCACAAUUAUUCCCGAAAGAUUUUGGGAAGUUAAUCGGUCAGCUUGUGUCCAAUACCGUAGAAAUACAUAGUAUUCAGCAAUGGAGAAUGCCAGCUAGCAAGGCGCUGGUAAAUGUCUGUCUGACCCACCUGGUAGAUCCUGUCUGGGCAUUACAUGCGCUGUAUGCGUGCGCAUCUUUUUGUGUCUGGUUCAGGUUACUGGCCAGGGUUAUGCUUUGCUGACCGAAGACGAAGUAGGUUUAAACCAGCGCCGGACCAGACUACCCGAAUCUCUACCGAUGUCCUCUCUGAUGGUAAGGACAGCUAUGAUCUUACCAAUAAGCGGUCAAUUUUGCAGUCAAAUGGAGGACUGAAAAAGUCAUGGAGGUGGAUAGCAUUGGAAAACACAUCACAAGUUCGGUUGCUUAUCAAGAAUAGCAAUCUUAAUCGAUUCAAACGGAUUUUAAAGAGAGAAGGAAGAAGUGAAAAUCCUGUGACUUCCUGUGAAACUUCGGUCUUAUUAAAUAAUCUAGAUACGAAAAGAAAAAUCUAGAAGCAUUGCGGACAAAGACAUAAGAGAACUCAGUCACUAUUUCGGGCUUAUUUGCCAUCUUCAAUCAAACCUACGCCGGGCGCCAGGAGGACUUGAGUUUUACACCCCUGUUCAUUUGGUUAUUUGGCUUAACGGAAAACUCGGUAAGAUACGGGUUCACCUGAUAACUUGGCCAUACAUAGCGUGGUUACCUACAUGUCUGGUUUGUCACGGAAGGCACUAAUAAAUUAAAAACUGCAUUGGAAGAGAGGAAUACGGAGAGGUUUGUAAAGUACUCCAAAGGCAUCACUGGAUCUCUCAUGUCCAACUUACUUUUUAAGGGUAGUGUUAGAUUAACUCUCAGGGUGGGGUUUCGGGUAGUAACACUGGUUUUUCACCUUGGAUUGCAUUUCAAUGCUGAUCUUCGCUGAAAUUACUUCGCAGUAUUCAAGUGCAACCCUGUGGAACGUUCAUUGACAAACACAAAAUGUUCAAGCUUGUGAGAACGAGAGUGAGGAUGAUUGUGAAUACGAUGAUGAUGAUGAUGAUGAUGAUGAUGAUGAGGAGGAGGAGGAGGAGGAGGAGGAGGAGGAGGGGGGGGAGGAGGAGGACAAGGAGGAGCAGGAGGGAGAGGAGGAGGAGAAACGAUAA